AUGCAAUCUGCAAAACUGAAGUGUGUAUAUACACCUUAUUUCACAAAGCAGAAGUUCAAGUUCCCGCUCCGUGGAGUUGAUAUCCUUUUGUUAAAUUUGGAAAUGCAAAAAAAUGAAUGCAACUUCUCACAAGUCUCUUCUCAUAUGCAAUGUAGACCAAUGCAUGCAUAAGCUUAUUUUAUGGUCUACUUGUUUUUCUCUCUCCCACUCUUUCUCGUCCUCCAGGCUUGAUCGUCUAUUCAUCCUGCUUGACACUGGGACUACUCCGGUGACGAGGAAGGCUGCAGCCAUACAGCUAGGAGAUGUGGUCAAACUCCACCCGCAUGAGCUCAACAACCUUUUGUCGAAGGUGGGUGCUGGGCUUGUCCUCAUCAGUGCCCACAGUCAGGUCCCUAUCUACAUCAAGGUUGUAUUUAUUAGGCACCAAAAGGAAGAAGACUGAAACAGGGAGAGACUACUUGAACUUAAGAAAUGUUUUUUUCAUUUUGCUACGAUGUGCAAUAAUGAAUACGAUCCAGGGAUUCCACAUUGUUGUCAGCUCCCCACCCAUCUGCCUGCAGUGCUGCCAAAAGGGCAUCCAUACUUUAAAAACCCAUACAGAUUUGCAAACCCCCACCCCCCCCUUUACCUUGUCUGGAAAAAUCUAACUGGUGGCCCGUAAAGGUCAUAGACUGUUGCAGAGCCCAUUGUCUUUGUUGCCUCAGGGAAUGUUGAAGUGAUUAUUAAAGAAGUGGACUGUUUGACCUGGAAUAGCGCAUAAGUUCCCACCAUCUGAUUUACAUUUUUACAUUUUAGUCAUUUAGCAGACGCUCUUAUCCAGAGCGACUUACAGUAGUGAGUUCAUACAUUUUCAUAAAUCUUUCGUAUUGGUUCCCCGUAGGAAUCAAACCCACAACCCUGGCGUUGCAAGCGCCAUGCUCUACCAACUGAGCCACACGGGACCUGAUACCUAUUUGAUUGAGAUGUGUUACAUCCUAUGAGUCUUAUGUUUUCUCGCUUACCCAUAACCUACAGGUGUUGACGUACCUGAGAAGUCCAAACUGGGACACGCGUAUCGCUGCGGGUCAGGCAGUGGAGGCCAUUGUGAAGAAUAUCCCAGAGUGGAACCCGUCACCCAAGCCCAAAGAAGGUGAACCAACCUCAACCUGCCACGUUAGUCACAGCCAACUGCCUGUAUUUUGUUAAUCCUGACAGCAGGUAACAAGUAAAGCCUUAACGUGCCAUUACACAAAGGAUUAGCAUUUAAAUUACCUUUGUAAAGGCCUCUAUAGCUUUGUUUUAGCCAUCAGGAAUGGGUGUAAUGAUGGGUGUUGUUAUGUAACUGGGAUGUUAGCGCUGCAUCUCUACUGCUCUUAAGUAACCAUUGACAGGAGGUGACGAGACACUUGAGUGUGUAGGCGUGGGCAGGCACAUUUUAAAGCGGUUCGGGCUCAUGUCACGCAUCGAAAUGAAACCCUUGACAUUUCAUCAGCAAUCAAGCACUCAAGGUGCAUGUUUCCUCAUUUUGUACUUUAAAAAAGCCCUGACGAAGGCUGAGGGACUGAUAUGUAAGCUGAAAUAAACAAGUGAUACUGGCAAGUAAAGUGCAAGUUUUUCCUUUUCUUGACCCCCCCCCCAUUCUAGCUCUGACUCUAUUGAUAGCUACGUUGAGGAAGAAUUUUCUUUCUAUGCCUGUGGUAUAUGGUUGUCCCACCUAGCUGUCUUGAAUGCACAAACUGUAAGUCGCUCUGCAUAAAAACAUCUGCUAAAUGAUUAAAAUGGAAUUCGUGUCUCUCUCUUCCAGAGUCGUGUGCAGACUUCUCCCCAGAAGACUCCUCCUCUGACCGGUUGAGUUUCUACCGCUUCGACAUCUCCCGCCUGCUCAAACAUGGUGCUUCUCUGCUGGGUUCUGCCGGUGCUGAGUUUGAGGUCCAAGAUGACAAGUCUGGUAUGCAUUUUUUCUUAUCAAUAUUAUCAUGUCAUAUUCCAUAUUAGUUCAUAUAUUGUACAUGUGGGCUGCCACUCAGAAGAGGAAAACAUGAAAACAUUACAAAAGGUACAUAACUACAAAGUAUUGAUAAUUUUGAUCAUAUUUUAAAGUUUAAGUAAUGCAUUCAGUAUAAACAGGAAAAUAAAACAUUAAAACAGUAGGCCUCCACCCCCACCCUCCCAUCCCAUUCCCCCAACCCCACCCAGCCAACGUCUCUCUCACCCCCCAACCGCCAGAAUGGUAAACAUCUGCUUUUUAACUCUUAACUCCUCCUACGAACACCUGUGCUCAGUGAGGCUCCUAAUAGGUUGGUUUGUGUCUGUUAUUAUCCAAUUAGAAGGAAUGUUAUGGGAGAAUCAGAUAUGUGACCACAUGGAUAGUCUGGUUGUGCUUCUGUUGAACAAGUAGCCAGAUGCUUGGAUUGAGUCAGCCGCUGUAUUGACAUUCGUUGUGUAACUUGUGCCUGACUCCAAACAAUUAUUUGACACUGUAGGGUGUCAGGAUUUAGUUUCAAUGUUGCAUUCUGAAUCUCUCCCAAAUGGCACCAUAAUCCUAUAUAUAGCAUUCUUUUUGGACCAGGGCCCAUAUGAUUUUUCCUUUAGACCAUUUGGAUCUGUAUGCUCUCGUUUGCUUUUCCAUGACGAUGUGAUGAUCCAAGUGACGAGUUUGAAUUCAAACGGCUCCAAUCUUUGUUCUCUAUCAACUUCAUAAUCAUUUUUAUUUAUUUUUUGUUCCCCCAGCCUCCUGUAGUCCUCCCAGUAUUCACUACUCUUUCAUAUGUUCAAGGUCCUGUGACAGUUCGUGUUUGUGUGCUUUGCUACACUAGUCCAGAGUGACUUUUGUGCCUCUGAUAUAUUGUGGUUGCAGCCUGUGAAAGUACAGUUUACCUGACCUCUGCUGUUAAUCAAUACUCUGAUCUCUAGUUCACUUGCCUUCCUGUCAGUCUACCUCCCUACUUACGUCCCCUAAAUACAGGAACAUGCAGAAUGAAGCCUUCAUUUAUACCUUAAAGGCUGGUUUUCGGGGACACACAUUAGUCCUGGUCUAAAACGCAUUCAAUGGAGAUUUUUAGGGGCUUAAUCUGUUUCCAGGAAGCCAGCCGUAAGUGUCCGUGUGUUCUCUACAUAAAUGGGAGUUUCUCCAGAGUUGGUAUUUUCUACAAGCACCGUACCCUCUCUAUGCUCUCCCCUGCCAGGUGAGGUGGACCCUAAGGAGCGUCUGGCCCGCCAGAGGAAGCUGCUGCAGAGGAAGCUUGGACUAGACAUGGGUGCCGCCAUCGGCAUGGACACGAUGGAGCUGUUCAACGAUGAGGACCUGGACACCCAGUACACCUGCACGCUGAGUGGCCCUAAGGCCCAGGGACAGGGAGGGAAGGGCUCUGAACCCUGCUCCAGCACCGGCAACCACGUGGUGAGUAGGUCACACUACCACCAUUUCCAACUCUCCUCCUUUACGCUGCUGCUGUAUGUUGAGCUCCAAGUUAUGGAGUCAGUAAUUCCUUUCAACUUUGAACAGCAUCCUAUGAAGCUUGACUCCAGGGUUGUGUUCAUUAGGCCAAACAACAAAAAAUAUUGUAGAACAUUUUGCAACGGAAAAUGAAAAUUCUUAUUGGAUAAAUCCAAGUAAUCCCUCCCUGAUGCAAAGCAUUUUCUCACUACUGAACUCAUCCUGGGUAACAUCAAGUGCAGGCUACUAUCCUUUCCCAGUAACUUAGCUUUCUAUUAUUGUAAUUUUUUUUUACCCCUUCUCCCCAAUUUCGUUAUAUCCAAUUGGUAGUGACAGUCUUGUCCCAUCCCUGCAACUCCUGUACGGACUCGGGAGAGGUGAAGGUCGAGAGCCAUGCGUCCUCCAAAACACGACCGUGCCAAGCCUCACUGCUUCUUGAUGCACUGCUCGCUUAACCCGGAAGCCAGCUGCACCAAUGUGUCGGAAGAAACACCGUACAACUGGUGACCCUGUCAGUGUGCAUGCGCCCGUCCCACCACAGGAGUAGCUAGAGCGCGAUGGGACAAGGACAUCCCGACCGGCCAAACCCUCCCCUAACCUGGACGACGCUGGGCCAAUUGUGCGUCGCCUCAUGGGUCUCCCGGUCACGGCCGGCUGCGACACAGCCUGGGAUCGAACCCGGAUCUGUAGUGACGCCUCAAGCACUACGAUGCAGUGCCUUAGACUGCUGCGCCACUCGGGAGGCCCUUAACUUAGCUUUCUAAGUAUAGGUUCAUCCUGGUCACGACAGUGGCAGACUGUGAGUACGUUUACAUGCACAGUAAUAAUUCAAUAUUAAACUGAUUAUGGCAAUAGUCAUGUAAACACCUCACUCUGCUCAUCAUAAUCGGCGUAAGGUCAAAAUCGAAGGAAACAUACGCUGAUUUUGGACAACUGGUUUUCUGAGUAAUUUUUUGAAUUAUUAGGACCGGUAAACACCUUUUAAUCGUCGUUCCAGCUGUUUAUUUGAUCUGCACAUGUGCUAGCACCAGCUGAGCGAGCCUCCCUCUUUAGCACGAGUGGAGUGAGUUCGGGACGACUGAAUGAAUGUAUGAGUCUUAGAAGUAGUUUUCACAUACAAACUUUAUAUGUCCGACCUCUGAAUCCAAUAUGCUUCCCAAAAAUACCAUGGUCGCAGUGGUAGAACGUUUAUCUUGAUUGGCGAUUAUCUGCAUUUAUCAGAGUGCCAUCAGGUAGCCUGAUUUCAGAAGUGUCCAUAUAAACCGGAUUAUUAGGGAAAUCGUUGUUCUCGCAAAUCAUGUAAAUGUUUUAAUCAAACUGUUAUAUUAUGACUAUCCACAAUCGCAUUAUUGUGUGCAUGUAAUCGUACUCAGUGUUUGAAGCUGGGCUUAGAAGCUUGGUGCUUCUUUCAGCACCAAACAGCAUUGCCAGGUAUAUUUUUGACCCUUCAGGCAUUACCUGGCUAUGUAUAACCAAACUUGGACAGAGGCCAGAGGGGGCAUGCUGUAACUUGUCCAACUAUGACUGGGUUGUCCAGUAGGAAGACAUUGGAGGAGGUCCUUACAUAACAUGCUUUGGCUCAUAGACUGUAUGAAAACGUUACUGGCCGUCAAAUCCUUGCUUCCUCCGUCCCUAUUUUCUCAAUGCCUCUCAAAGCUCACUGGAGGAUAGGAUCCAAGGUCCCUCCCUGUGGCCACCUCCUCCAAUGAGCUUUGAGAGGCAUUGAGGAAACAAGGACCCCCUUGGGCUGAUGAGUGACAAUUAUUCACAUUUAUGUUGCAUGGAUUAAUGAGAGGGGGGGGGGGGGAGAGAGAAACAAUUAAGUAUUUUUUUUUUCUCGCAGGAAAUCAACUUGAUAGCUCACAAUGGACGGGCUGUCAGAACGAGCUCCGAGAACGGACAGUUAUACUGAUAGUCUCGCUAGACUAUACUGAUAGGAACAUAAUGGUCUAAAUAUAAUGGUCGGUACGUAGUUACGUAAUCAGUCGUAAUAGAUGAGCUGCAUUAUGGGAGAAAGGCAAAGAAGACAAACCAGAAUUUUUACUUCGAUACCAGGUCUAGUUUCACAAUUCUUGAUACCAUCACGAUACUCAAUACCAAAACGAUACCGCUGCAAAAAAAGAAGGCAUAUUAACCAAAGUCACAGAUCACAGGCACUUGAUCCAGGCAGAAACUCAGCUACUGCUCUGUUCAAUCGUUGGGCAUCUUUUGAGUUCAAUAUAAAUACAUUUGACAUUAUUUACGUCAACAUUUUUCAGAGAUAGCCAUGUAUGCAUUAAUGAAUCAAUCAUACAAUCAAAUUUACUUUGGUAAAAACAAUCUAACUACAUAAUGGUGAUCAUUUAUUUGAAUGGUAAAUCUCUAUUGAUGAACUGGGUAAAUCAAGAUGUAGCCUAGGCCUUUCCACAAUACAGGUGAAUGCAUAUUCAAUAGGAGUGUGUGCAUGCAUUGAGUUAUUGAGAUUGUUUUGGCUGAUUUUCAUGAGGAUACAGAUGACAAUCUGUUUCCCUUCCAUUUGGGACAUACAUUUGCAUAGAAUUAGCUUAUUUGAUAAGUGCACGCUGUCUCUUGAACCAGUAAUGAUGUAAUUUACGAGGCAAGAGGGGGACGGCCCAGAGUCAGUUCGCUGACGCAAUAGAUCAUCUUUGGGAGAGACGUAAGAGAGCGACUUAAAAAAAUAAAAAAACAUUUGGUUUUGGUGGCCAUCAGCUUUGAAAUCAGCAUAUUAUGGUUUGCAUAUAUCACACACAAAUUACCAGGAUAGUGAAUUGAUGAUAGCGUCAGCUGUAAGCUAGCAAGAAAAGUUAGCCUACAAAACUGGAAGCUACCGGUAUCUUCUUGCAUUUUAAAGUGUUCUAGCCUGUAUGGACAUUAUUUUGCAAUGUACCGUAAUAACAGUAAUUAACAGUUUCAAAAUGUCUACAUGCCAUGUCGCAUUAUUCAAGUAUGUUAACUUCCGUGCAGCAUGAGUGGGGAGCUAACAUGAUGCAGCCCAGACUCACAUUGCAGGCUAAGAGGAGCAGGCACUGUGCUUUUCGCACUAUAAGGGGGACGUCGGCUGCACUGAUGGACAGAGUUGAUCCAUGAGACACAUUUGACAGAUGUAACAUUCUAGUACAUAACUGUUUUUCAUGUUCUAGUAUCGGAAAAGUACAGAAGUUUUGGUAUGUCGUGCAACAUUGCUAUAUAAAACAUUUUUAGUGACAGAGGGUAGUGCGUACGGCCCAGUACAUCACUGGGGCCAAGCUCCCUGCCAUCCAGGACCUCUAUACCAGGCGGUGUCAGAGGAAGGCCCUCAAAAUUGUCAAAGACUCCAGCCACCCUAGUCAUAGACUGUUCUUUCUGCUAUCUUUUUACGCUGCUGCUACUCUGUUAAUGAUUUAUGCAUAGUCACUUUAACUCUACUCACAUGUACAUAUUACCUCAACUAGCCGGUGCCCCGCACAUUGACUCUGCACCGGUACCCCCCCUGUAUAUAGCCUCCCUACUGUUAUUUUAUUUUACUUCUGCUCUUUUUUUCUCAACACUUUUUUUUGUUUUAUUUUACUUUUUUAUUAAAAAAUAAAUGCAUUGUUGGUUAAGUGCUGUAAGUAAGCAUUUCACUGUAAUGUCUACACCUGUUGUAUUUGGUGCAUGUGGCCAAUAAAAUUUGAUUUGAAAACCAUCAGUAGAGUUGAAAAUAGGAUAAUCCCAUUUUAACUUUCAGUACAUUAAUACAAAUUUCCCUGGAAUUUAACCAUAAAAGUUAUUUUUAUGUGCACUACAUCAUCACGCACAGCCUUUUAUCCGCAACAAGUAAACUGGAUGAAAACUCAUGUCUGGUGGGAAAUGUGCAUAUUGUUUUUAUGCUGAUUUUAGAAUAUUCACAUGAAACUCGGUCGCCAAUUGGAUGGAAACCUAGCUAGUGACUAACUACCCAAACCAGACGCAACUGGAUUUAAGUGGCCAAGAGACGUCAUGUGAUCACCUACUGCGAUCUAGUUGACGAACUGGGAAUCCGACAGGGGAUGUAUUUACAUCAAUGGAUAGGUAGACUUCAACAUUCUCAUAUGUAUGUAAAAAUGAAAAAUUAAAGCAUGGCCUGCACUUCUUAAUGUCUGUGUUCCUAUGGGAAUUUACGAAUGUUUAGAGCGCUACCAUUAGGUAUAAAAAAAUAUACAGUACCAGUAAAAAGUUUGGACACACCUACUCAUUCAAGGGCUUUUCUUUUAUUUCUAUUUUCUACAUUGUAGAAUAAUAGUGAAGACAUUAAAACUAUGAAAUAAUACAUGGAAUCAUGUAGUAACCAAAAAAGUGUUAAACCAAUGAAAACAACAUAUUUGAGAUUCUUCAAACUAGCCACCCUUUGCCUUGAUGACAGCUUUGCACACUCUUGGCGUUCUUUCAACCAGCUUCAUGAGGAAUGCUUUUUCCAACGGUCUUAAAGGAGUUCCCACAUAUGCUGAGCACUUGUUGGCUGCUUUUCCUUCACUCUGCGGUCCAACUCAUCCCAAACCAUCUCAAUUGGGUUGAGGUCAUCUGAUGCAGCACUCCAUGAAAUAGGCCUUACACAGCCUGGAGGUGUGUUGGGUUAUUGUCCUGUUGAAAAACAAAUGAUAGUCCCACUAGGCACAAACCAGAUGGGAUGGCAUAUCGCUGCAGAAUGCUGUGGUAGCCAUGCUGCUUAAGUGUGCCUUGAAUUCUAAAUAAAUCACAGACGGGGUCACCAGCAAAUCACACCACCUCCUCCAUGCUUCAUGGUGGGAACCAUACAUGCGGAGAUCAUCCGUUCACCUACUCUGCGUCUCACAAAGACAUUGCUGUUGGAACCAAAAAUCUCAAAUUUGGACUCAUCAGACCAAAGGACAGAUUUCCACCAGUCUAAUGUCCAUUUGUUCUUGUUUCUUGGCUCAAGCAAGUCUCUUCUUCUUAUUGGUGUCCUUUAGUAGUGGUUUCUUUGCAGCAAUUUGACCAUGAAGGCCUGAUUUCACGCAGUCUCGUCUGAACAGUUGAUGUUGAGAUGUCUGUUACUUGAACUCUGAAGCAUUUAUUUGGGCUGCAAUCUGAGGUGCAGUUAACUCUAAUGAACUCUACCUCUCUCUGCAGCAGAGGUAACUCGGGGUCUUCCUUUCCUGUGGCGGUCCUCAUGAGAGCCGGUUUCAUCAUAGCGCUUGGUUUGCGACUGCACUUGAAGAAACGUUAAAAGUUCUUGACAUUUUCCGAAUUGACUGACCUUCAUGUCUUAAAGUAAUGAUGGACUGUCAUUUCUCUUUGCUUAUUUGAGCUGUUCUUGCCAUAAUAUGGACUUGGUAUUUUACCAAAUAGGGCUAUCUUCUGUAUACCCCCCUACCUUGUCACAACACAACUGAUUGGCUCAAAUGCAUUAAGAAGGAAAGAAAUUCCACGAAUGAGCCGUUGAAUUGCGACUCCACGUUGUCCCUGUACUGUCGUUUUGCCUCUGAUUGCCUUACGGAGGUCAUUGCUGGUCUCUUUGUACACGUCCAUAUUUCCAGUCACCUUUCCGUGGUUAAAUGCGGUGGUUCGCGCUUUCAGUUUUGCACAAAUGCUGCCAUCUAGCCACGGUUUUUGGUUUUGUUAAAUUCUAAUCGUCAGAGUAGGAAAACAUCCUCAAUGCACUUCCUGAUGAACCCAGUCACUGAGUCGGUGUAUACAUCGAUACUAUUCUGAGGCAACCCAGAAUAUUUCCCAGUCCACGUGAUCAAAACCGUCUUUGCAAGGAUCUAGAAACCGGGUGACUGUCUGUCGGCACCAUCUUGUAAUGUAGGGCUCUGUAGUGGUGACAUUGUUUCUGACACCUUUAUCAUAAUCCCACAGCUCUUACUUUUCUAUCAGUACUAAGCUUGUGUUUGUAGGACUUCUUGUUUUGAACCCAGAAUGUACUUUGAGGGUAGUAUACAAUAUUAUGCGUCAUUUCGAAAAUAACAUGUGGUCAAUCGAAGUGACAUCAUUGUGCAAAGUUUCAUGACGAAAGACCAGGCGUCUAUGAAAUGUAAUCAAAUCAUAUAGAAAGGAAGAAUAGUAGUGUUUUACAAAAAGUAUCAUUUGUGGAAAAUCUAAUGGGCAGAGCUUAUAGGUCCUUAUGGGAGACUUGUUUCUUAUGAGGAGAUGCAUAUACAGUGCAUUCGGAAAGUAUUCAAACCCCUUCUCCUUUUCCACAUUUUGUUACGUUACAGCCUUAUUCUAAAAUUGAUGAGAUUUUUAUUUGUUUAUUUUAAUCAAUCUACACACAAAUCCCCAUAAUGACAAAGCAAAAACAGGUUUUUAGAAAAUGUUGCUAAAAUAAUUAUACAAAAAUAUAUGUAGAUAUACAGUGGGGGAAAAAAAGUAUUUAGUCAGCCACCAAUUGUGCAAGUUCUCCCACUUAAAGAUGAGAGAGGCCUGUAAUUUUCAUCAUAGGUACACGUCAACUAUGACAGACAAAAUGAGAAAAGAAAAUCCAGAAAAUCACAUUGUAGGAUUUUUAAUGAAUUUAUUUGCAAAUUAUGGUGGAAAAUAAGUAUUUGGUCAAUAACAAAAGUUUCUCAAUACUUUGUUAUAUACCCUUUGUUGGCAAUGACACAGGUCAAACGUUUUCUGUAAGUCUUCACAAGGUUUUCACACACUGUUGCUGGUAUUUUGGCCCAUUCCUCCAUGCAGAUCUCCUCUAGAGCAGUGAUGUUUUGGGGCUGUCGCUGGGCAACACGGACUUUCAACUCCCUCCAAAGAUUUUCUAUGGGGUUGAGAUCUGGAGACUGGCUAGGCCACUCCAGGACCUUGAAAUGCUUCUUACGAAGCCACUCCUUCGUUGCCCGGGCGGUGUGUUUGGGAUCAUUGUCAUGCUGAAAGACCCAGCCACGUUUCAUCUUCAAUGCCCUUGCUGAUGGAAGGAGGUUUUCACUCAAAAUCUCACGAUACAUGGCCCCAUUCAUUCUUUCCUUUACACGGAUCAGUCGUCCUGGUCCCUUUGCAGAAAAACAGCCCCAAAGCAUGAUGUUUCCACCCCCAUGCUUCACAGUAGGUAUGGUGUUCUUUGGAUGCAACUCGGCAUUCUUUGUCCUCCAAACACGACGAGUUGAGUUUUUACCAAAAAGUUAUAUUCUGGUUUCAUCUGACCAUAUGACAUUCUCCCAAUCCUCUUCUGGAUCAUCCAAAUGCACUCUAGCAAACUUCAGAUGGGCCUGGACAUGUACUGGCUUAAGCAGGGGGACACGUCUGGCACUGCAGGAUUUGAGUCCCUGGCGGCGUAGUGUGUUACUGAUGGUAGGCUUUGUUACUUUGGUCCCAGCUCUCUGCAGGUCAUUCACUAGGUCCCCCCGUGUGGUUCUGGGAUUUUUGCUCACCGUUCUUGUGAUCAUUUUGACCCCACGGGGUGAGAUCUUGCGUGGAGCCCCAGAUCGAGGGAGAUUAUCAGUGGUCUUGUAUGUCUUCCAUUUCCUAAUAAUUGCUCCCACAGUUGAUUUCUUCAAACCAAGCUGCUUACCUAUUGCAGAUUCAGUCUCCCCAGCCUGGUGCAGGUCUACAAUUUUGUUUCUGGUGUCCUUUGACAGCUCUUUGGUCUUGGCCAUAGUGGAGUUUGGAGUGUGACUUUUUGAGGUUGUGGACAGGUGUCUUUUAUACUGAUAACAAGUUCAAACAGGUGCCAUUAAUACAGGUAACGAGUGAAGGACAGAGGAGCCUCUUAAAGAAGAAGUUACAGGUCUGUGAGAGCCAGAAAUCUUGCUUGUUUGUAGGUGACCAAAUACUUAUUUUCCACCAUAAUUUGCAAAUAAAUUCAUUAAAAAUCCUACAAUGUGAUUUUCUGGAAUUUUUUUUUCUCAAUUUGUCUGUCAUAGUUGACGUGUACCUAUUAUGAUAAAUUACAGGCCUCAUCUUUUUAAGUGGGAGAACUUGCACAAUUGGUGGCUGACUAAAUACUUUUUUCCCCCACUGUACCUUAUUUACAUAAAUAUUCAGACCCUUUAUAAUGCGACUCAACAUUGUCCGUAGAGCUCCUAGACAGGAUUGUGUCGAGGCACAGAUCUGGGGAAAAAUGUCUGCAGCGUAGAAGGUCCAAGAACACCGUGGCAUCCAUCAUUCUUAAAUGGAAGAAGUUUGGAAAACCUGAGCAAUCGGGGGAGAAGGGCCUUGGUCAGGGAGGUGACCAAGAACUCGAUGGUCACUCUGAUGGAGCUCAUCUAGGGAGUUUUUCCUAGCCACCGUGCUUCUACAUCUGCAUUGCUUGCUGUUUGGGGUUUUAGGCUGAGUUUCUGUAGAGCACUGUGUGACAUCUGCUGAUGUAAAAAGUGUUUAUAAAUAAAAUGUGAUUGGUUCCUCUGUGGAGAUGGGACAACCUUCCAGAAGGACAAAAAUAGCUGCAGCACCCCACCAACCAGGUCUUUAUGGUAGUUGCUAGAUGCAAGCCACUCCUCAGUAAGGCACAUGACAGCCCGCUUGGAGUUUGCCAAAAGGCACCUAAAGGACUCUCAGAUUCUCUGGUCUGAUGAAACCAAGAUUGAACUCUUUGGCCUGAAUGCCAAGCAUCACGUCUGGAGGAAACCUGGCACCAUCCCUACGGUGAAGCAUGGGGGUGGCAGCGUCAUGCUGUGUGGAGGUUUUUCUGCGGCAGGGAAAGGGAGACUAGUCAGAAUCGAGGGAAAGAUGAAUGGAGCAAAAUACAGAGAGAUCCUUGAUGAAAACCUGCUCCAGAGCACUCAGGACCUCAGACUGGGGUGACGGUUCACCUUCCAACAGGACAACAACCCUAAGCACACAGCCAAGACAACGCAGGAGUGGCUUCGGGACAAGUCUAUGAAUGUCCUUGAGUGGCCCAGCCAGAGCCCGGACUUGAACCCGAUCUAACAUCUCUGGAGAGACCUGCAAAUAGCUGUACAGCGACGCUCCCCAUCCAACCUGACAGAGCUUGAGAGGAUCUGCAGAGAAGAAUGGGAGAAACUUCCCAAAUACAGGUGUGCCAAGCUUGUAGCCAAGAAGACUCGAAGCUGUAAUCGCUGCCAAAGGUGCUACCACAAAGGAUUGACGAGGGGGGAAAAAUAACAAUUUAAUCAAUUUUAGAAUAAGGCUGUAACUUAACAAAAUGUGGAAAAAGUCAAGGGGUCUGAAUACUUUCCGAAUGCACUGUAUACCGAUACAAUUUACGUUGCCUUUAGUAGUCCAACCGCACAAGGAACGAAUGAAUGUUUGAACACGUUCUUCUUUGCCUUGAGCAUUCUGAAGCGCCGGCCAGAGGUAAGCCUCUCGAACUGAAGGUGCAGAGUGUGGGAGGGGUCGCCAACGACAGCCAGUGCCUUCCUUUUGGUUGCGUUGUGGAGCACACUGCUCAACUGUGCCUGUGGUCGACCAAUUACUUUCCUGGCUGUGUUUUACUAUUUUGGUCAGUUUGCUUUUGCUCCUCACAUUCAGAUUGCCAUACCAGACUGUCAUAGUGAACGUGAGGAUGCUCUCCACAAAGCUGCUCUCCGCCAUGUCAUCCGCAUACUUGAAAAGGCUCACACUGUUUCCUUGGAAUCUUCAUCUCAUUAGUGUAGAUAGAGACGGCAGAGUUCCUGAUCCACCCAAUGUCUUAUCUGGCCUGCACCUUUCAACGUGCAAGGGUUCGAGUCAUUAUGUGCGGUCUUUCACAUUUUAGUCAUUUAGCAGACGCUCUUAUCCAGUGCGACUUACAGUUAGUGAGUGCAUACAUUAUUUUAUUUUUUCAUACUGGCCCCCCAUGGGAAACGAACCCACAACCCUGGCAUUGCAAACGCCAUGCUCUUCCAACUGAGCUACAUCCCUGCCGGCCAUUCCCUCCCCUACCCUGGACGACGCUGGGCCAAUUGUGCGCCGGCGCAUGGGUCUCCCGGUCACGGCCGGCUACGACAGAGCCUUCACUUAGGGAUGUCAUCUGUGCACAUUUUGUUAAUAAAUAUUUGUCACUGUUAGAAGAAAACACAAUGUUAUGCUCCCUGUCUGAGGAACAAUCUCUCUUUGGUCAGAUAAAUUAAUGACUCCCAUCUUAAGAUGUUUGUAGCUUAUUACUUUGUCUGAAAGUAAGUUUACAUUGUUUUGUUGUUCUAUCAAUAGAGACUCAUUUUCAAUUGUAAUUUAUCUUUUUUCAGCCCAUGCAGGCAGCAGAGAUAAUAGACUCAGAGUUUCGACCGGGCAUGAGCAACCGACAGAAGAACAAGGCUAAGAGGAUGGCCAAGCUAGUGGCAAAGCAACGAUCCAGAGACCUGGAUCCCAACGAGAGAAGGUAUGACCUAUUUCUUCCAAAACUUUGUGUUCAUUAGGCACCAAAAGGUUCUGUAACUGAGUGGAAGGUGAAGGCUUGUCCAAUAAGAAAUGCACAAUUUUACGUUUGCCCUAAUGAACAAGACCCAGGUGUUUCGCUCUUUGGUUUCCAUUUGAAUUGUAUAAUGCAGGUCUUUCUUCAUUUGAAGACUGCGUUGGGAAAUCAAAUCACAGAUCAAUAUUUUUCUUCCUGCAGUAAUGACAGUUUUGAGGGGGAGCCUGAGGAGAAGCGCAGGAAAACUACUAACGUAGUCAUUGAUCAACCGGCAACGGAGCAUAAAGUCUUAAUUGAUAACGUUCCAGACAACUCCAGUCUCUUGGAAGAGGUAAGAUUGGUCAGCAAGGAUAAAGCUCCUUUAAAGAAUACGGUCAAAGUAAACUAUUUAACACAGAACUUGAGAAUCAAUGUACUAGGCGUUUGAAAAACAGACUGGAUAGUUAUAAAAUCAGUGUCUUUGUCCAAACAUUGAAGAGAAGUUCUGAUUCAUCUUGUGCUUUGUUUCCAGACCCAGGAGUGGCCCCUGGAGAGCUUCUGUGAUGAACUCUGUAACGACCUCUUCAACCCCUCAUGGGAGGUAAUGACCUUCCUAGUCUUAGCAGACCUGUUCAAGUCAUCUGUAAUCCUACAACUCUUUAUGUACACUGAACAAAAAUAUAAACGCAACAUCAAAUUUGAUUUGUCACAUGCGCCGAAUACAACAGGUGUAGACCUUACUGUGAAAUGCUUAAUUAAGAGCCUUUAACCAACAAUGCAGUUCAAGAAAUGGAGUUAAGAAAAUAUUUACUAAAUAAACGAAAGUAAAAAAUUAAAUAAAAAGUAACACAAUAAAGAGGCUAUAUACAGGGGGUACCGGUACCGAGUCAAUGUACGGGGGUACAGGUUAGUCGAGGUAAUUUGUACAUGUAGUUAGGGGUAAAGUGACUAUGCAUAUAUGAUAAACAGCAAGUAGCAGCAGUGUAAAAACAAAGGGGGGGGGGGGGUCAAUGUAAAUAGUCCAAGUGGCCAUGCGGUAGCAGAGAGAGCAGUCUCUGACUCGUGACUGGAGUCUUUGACAAUCUUUGGGCCUUCCUCUGACACCGCCUAGAAUAUAGGUCCUGGAUGGCAGGAAGCUUGGCCCCAGAGAUGUACUGGGCCAUACGCAUUACCCUCUGUAGCGCCUUAUGGUUGGAUGCUGAGCAGUUGUCAUACUAGGCGGUGAUGCAACUGUUCAGGAUGCUCUCGAUGGUGCAGCUGUAGAACUUUUUGAGGAUCUGGGGACCCAUGCCAAAUCUUUUCAGUCUCCUGAGGGGGAAAAGGUGUUGUCGUGCCCUCUUCACAACUGUCUUGGUGUGUUUGGACCAUGAUAGUUUGUUGGUGAUGUGGACACCACUACAGCCCCGUCGAUGUGAAUGGGGGCGUUCGUCCCUUCUUUUCCUGUAGUCCACGAUCAUUUCCUUUGUCUUGAUCACGUUGAGGGAGAGAUUGUUAUCCUGGCACCACACUGCCAGGUCUCUGACCUCCUCCCUAUAGGCUGUCUCAUCGUUGUCGGUGAUCAGGCAUACCACUUGUGUCGUCAGCAAACUUAAUGAUGGUGUUGGAGUCGUGCUUGGCCACGCAGUCAUGGGUGAACAGGGAGUACAGGAGGGGACUAAGCACGGACCCCUGAGGGGCCCCCGUGUUGUUGCCUACCCUUACCACCUGGGGUAGACAGCCAGUCAGGAAGUCCAGGAUCCAGUUGCAGAGGGAGGUGUUUAGUCCCAGGAUCCUUAGCUUAGUGAUGAGCUUUGUGGGUACUAUGGUGUUGAACGCUGAGCUGUAGUCAAUGAACAGCAUUCUCUCGUGUUCCUUUUGUCCAGGUGGGAAAGGGCAGUGUGGAGGGCGAUUGAGGUUGCGUCAUCUGUGGAUCUGUUCGGGUGGUAUGCGAAUUGGAGUGGGUCUAGGGUUUCUGGGAUGAUGGUGUUGAUGUGAGCCAUGACCAGCCUUUCAAAGCACUCCAUGGCUACCGACGUGAGUGCUACGGGGCGGUAGUCAUUUAGGCAGGUUACCUUCUUUUUCUUGGGCACAGGGACUAUGGUGGUCUGCUUGAAACAUGUCGGUAUUACAGACUUGGUCAGGGAGAGGUUGAAAAUGUCAGUGAAGACACUUGCCAGUUGGUCCGCGCAUGCUCUGAGUACACGUCCUGGUAAUCUGUUUUGCCCCGCGGCCUUGCGAAUGUUGACCUGUUUAAAGGUCUUGCUCACAUCAUCUACGGAGAGCGUGAUCACACAGUCGUCCGGAACAGCUGGUGCUCUCAUGCAUGCUUCAGUUUUGCUUGCCUUGAAGAGAGAAUAAAAGGCAUUUAUCUCGUCUGGUAGGCUCGCGUCACUGGGCAGCUCGCUGCUGGGUUUACCUUUUGUAGUCCGUAAUAGUUUGCAAGCUCUGCCACAUCCGACGAGCCGGUGUAGUAGGAUUCAAUCUUAGUCCUGUAUUGACGCUUUGCCUGUUUGACGGUUCGUCUGUUUGACGGUUCGUCUGAGGGCAUAGUGGGAUUUCUUAUAAGCGUCUGGAUUAGUGUCCCGCUCCUUGAAAGCGGCAGCUCUAGCCUUUAGCUCGGUGUGGAUGUUGCCUGUAAUCCAUGGCUUCUGGUUGGGGUAUGUACGUACUGUCGCUGUGGGGACGACGUCGUCGAUGCCCUUAUUGAUGAAGCCGGUGACUGAGGUGGUAUACACCUGAGGUGGACUGAGGUGGUAUACACCUCCCGAGUGGCGCAGUGGUCUAAGGCACUGCAUCGCAGUGCUAGCUGUGCCACUAGAGAUCCUGGUUCGAAUCCAGGCUCUGUCGUAGCCGGCCGCGACCGGGAGACCCAUGGGGCGGCGCACAAUUGGCCCAGCGUCGUCCAGGGUAGGGGAGGGAAUGGCCGGCAGGGAUGUAGCUCAGUUGGUAGAGCAUGGCGUUUGCAACGCCAGGGUUGUGGGUUCAAUUCCCACGGGGGGCCAGUAUGAAAAAAAAAAAAAAAUGUAAUAAUGUAUGCACUCACUAACUGUAAGUCGCUCUGGAUAAGAGCGUCUGCUAAAUGACUAAAAUGUUUUUAAAAAAAUAAUGUCAAAAAUGUAUACUCCUCAAUGCCAUUGGAUGAGUCCCGGAACAUAUUCCAGUCUGUGCUGGCAAAACAGUCCUGCAGUGUAGUAUCUGCGUCAUCUGACAACUUCCUGCUUUAGUUUUUGCUUAUCAGGAGGAUAGAAUUAUGGUCAGAUUUAUUUUCGCUGGUAGAAAUGAGGUAAAACGGAUGUAAGUUUGCCUGCAUUAAAGUCCCUGUCCACUAGGAGCACUGCUUCUGGAUGAGCAUUUUCUUGUUUGCUUAUGGCCUUAUACAGCUCGUUGAGUGCGAUCUUAGUGCCAGCAUCGGUUUGUGGUGGUAAAUGGAUGGCUACGAAAAAUAUACAUUAACUCUCUUGGUAGAUAGUGUGGUCUACAGUUUAUCAUGAGGUACUCUACCUCAGGCGAGUAAUACCUCGAGACUUCCUUUAUAUUAGACAUCGUACACCAUCUGUUAUUGACAAAUAGACACACACCCCCAACCCUCGUCUUACCGGACGUAGCUGUUCUGUCCUGCCGAUGCACAGAAAACCCAGCCAAAUGUAUAUUAUCAGUUUCGUCAUUCAGCCACGACUUGUGAAACAUAAGAUAUUAGUUUUUAAUGUCCCGUUGGUAGGAUAGUCUCAAAUGGAGAUAAUCCAGUUUAUUUUCCAGUGAUUGCACGUUGGGCAGUAGAACGGAUGGUAGAGGCGGGUUACCCACUCGCCGACAAAUUCUAACAAUGCACCCCGAUCUCCGCCCCCUGUAUUUCCGUCUUUUCUUCGCACGAAUGACAGGGAUUUGGGCCUGGUCUCGGAAGCACUAUAUCCUUCGCGUCGGACUCAUUAAAGAAAAAAUCUUUGUCCAGUUCGAGGUGAGUAAUCGCUGUUCUGAUAUCCAGAAGCUCUUUUCGGUCAUAAGAGACGUAGCAGCAACAUUAUGUACAAAAUAAGUUACAAACCAUGUGAAAAAAACACAAAAAAUAGCACAGUUUGUUAGGAGCCUGUAAAACGGCAGCCAUCCCCUCAGUCGCCAUUACAUACAACACAACAAUUUCAAAGAUUUUACUGAUUUACAGUUCAUAUAAGGAAAUCAGUAAAUUGAAAUGAGUUCAUUAGGCCCUAAUCUAUUGGGUUCACUUAACUGGGAAUACAGAUAUGCAUCUUUUGAUCACAGAUAUCUUUUUUUAAAUGUAGGGGCGUGGAUCAGAAAACUAGUCAGUAUCUGGUGGACCACCAUUUUCCUCAUGCAGCGCGACACAUCUCCUUCGCAUAGAUUUGAUCAGGCUGUUGAUUGUGGCCUGUGGAAUGUUGUCCCACUCCUCUUCAAUGGCUGUGCGAAGUUGCUGGAUAUUGGCGUGAACUGGAAUACUGUCGAUCCAGAGCAUCCCAAACAUGCUCAAUGGGUGACAUGUCUGAGUAUGCAGCUUCCAUGAAUUGUGUACAGAUCCUCGCGACAUGGGCCCUUGCAUUAUCAUGCUGAAACAAGAGGGGAUGGCGGCGGAUGAAUGGCACGACAAGGGGCCUCAGGAUCUCAUCACGGUAUCUCUGUGCAUUCAAAUUGCCAUCGAUAAAAUGCAAUUGUGUUCGUUGUCCGUAGCUUAUGCCUGCCCAUACCAUAACCCCACCGCCACCAUGUGGCACUCUGUUCACAAUGUUGACAUCAGCAAACCGCUCGCCCACACAAUGCAAUACACGCUGUCUGCCAUCUGACCGGCACAGUUGAAACUGGGAGCACACUUCGCCAGUGGCCAUCAAAGGUGAGCAUUUGCCCACUGAAGUCGGUUACGACGCUGAACUGCAGUCAGGUCAAGACACAUGUGAGGACGAGAAGCACGCAGAUGAGCUUCCCUGAGACGGACAGUUUCUGCAGAAAUUCUUCGGUUGUGCAAACCCACAAUUUCAUUAGAUGUCCGGGUGGCUGGUCUCAGACAAUCCCGCAGGUGAAGAAGCUUGAUGUGGCGGUCCUGGGCUGGCGUGGUUACACGUGGUCUGCGGUUGUGAGGCCGGUUGGACGUACUGCCAAAUUCUCUAAAACAACGUAGGCUUAUGGCAAAGAAAUGUCACAAUAAAUUCUCUGUCAACAGCUCUCUUGGACAUUCCUGCGGUCAGCAUGCCAAUUGCAUGCUCCCUCAACUUGACAUCUGUGGCUUUGUGUUGUAACAACUGCACAUUUGAAUGGCCUUUUAUUUUCCCCAGCACAAGGAUCACCUGUGUAAAGAUCAUACUGUUUAAUCAGCUUCUUGAUAUGCCACACCUGUCAGGUGGAUGGAUUAUCUUGGCAAAGGAGAAAUGCUCACUAACAGGGAAGUAAACAACAUUUGAGAGAAAAGCUUUUUGUGCAUAUGGAACAUUUCUGGGAUCUUUUAUUGCAGCUCAUGAAACAUGGGACCAACACUUUACAUGUUGCGUUUUGUAUUUUUGUUCAGUGUAAUUGUUCUAUAAGGAUCCAAUGUAUAAACACGUAAGGGGCAGCAUUUAGACUGACACUAAAAUGAGCUGUGCAGCUACUAGUGCUCUGUCUGUGUGUCCAGAUUCGACACGGAGCAGGCACAGGCCUCAGGGAGAUCCUCAAGUCUCAAGGUGCUGGAGGAGGGAAGCUGGUGGGAUGCACUGCAGAACAGGUACUGUAUCUGACUCUUCUCUCUAUGCAACCUCCAUACAAACCAAACAUUAAUAUUUCAGUUUACCUAUAAUAUAUCUGACCACAAUAGAUGUCUGACCUUUUCCAGAUGGCGCGGCACCACCAGGAGUGGCUGGAGGACGUGGUCAUCCGGCUGCUCUGUGUCUUUGCUCUGGACCGUUUUGGAGAUUUUGUCUCUGAUGAGGUGUGUCUUGUAGCAUACCACCCUACCGUGCUAUUGAGUGGGGUGGUUGAAUUUAAUUCAAUAAGACUUCAUUAUUUACUCCCUCUGGGGCAGUGGUCACCAACCGGUCGAUCUCCAAGGAAUUCCUAGUCGAUCACUAAACAAAUGUAAAAAGAAAAAGCUUUGCGUUCCUAUUUUUUGUAUUUGUUUCGCGCUGUUGGUUGUAGGUGCACUUGAUUCAGCAGCCGUAGCGCUGGGAAGGCAAAGUGUUCCCAUUUUGAACCAUUUUGUGUGUCUGAAGGUGGAACUUCGCCUACCCGGCAGGCCCAGAGAGAAAAUCAAGUGCACCUAUAGGUCUACCGCUGGCCAAUCCGAUGGCUCAGAUCACGGCGUCUGCACAGUUUCCUCGAGCCGUAGACUGGAAAAAGAAGCCUUGAAUGCAGUUGAUACUGAGAUUUCGGAACUUUUAAAAUGACUAGAGAGCGACUCAAUGAAUACAGCAAAGAGCUUCUGUUUUUAUUUGUAAGUUAUUCCGCAAUUUCAACGCUUUGUUCAACACCUUUAUAAGCCGUAAUGUGCGUUCUCCCUAAUUCCACACGCUAAAACCAGCACUGCAGCUGCAACGAAUGUGUAUAGCAAAGUGUUCCGAUAAGCUUGCAUUGUUAUCAUUAGUGGCUUGUCUUUUUUAAUAUCGAGGAAUAUUUCACUUUCUCUGGUCAUAGGAGUAACAACAUGAAUUUGUGCAUGAGGCAGAAAUAAUGCAGUGCGACUUGAGUUUCGCCAUGAGCUAGAAGACUGUCCCCUUUCCUCAGCGGAGGGAGGGAGGACGGAGGGACUUUGAGUCUGGUGAGAGGCAGCCUCACUGCUGCUUCCUCCCUCCCCUCAGACUUGACCAUCAGAUGUAGGCCAUCAGUCCACAAAAAUAAAAAAGUGUGAUCAUAUACCUAAUUUAAAAAAUAUAUAUAAUUUCAAAAUGGUCUGAGAAAAGCAAUUCAAGCAUGGCCAAUAUGCAGUGAUGUAUUGGGCCAAUAGCCUACUGCACAAACCUCAUUGCUACAGAACUGUUUUUAAUUGGUUAAUGUUGAAUAGGCUUAUGUUAAGUCAUGUCAAUCUUUUUAAUGAGAUUUUUUUUUUAACUCAAAGGUUGGUGACCACUGCUCUAGGGUAAGGUAACAAUAUUGCAUAAAUGUUUUAAAAAAUGCAAGAGUUUACAGAAUUGUUCAACCCUAUUCACGGCACUUACGAGUCAGGCUUUGCUGUAUGUCUAACAUGCUGUCUCUACUCUCUGGUCAGGUGGUGGCUCCGGUUAGAGAGACCUGUGCCCAGACACUGGGCGUGGCCUUGCGCCACAUGACUGACUGCGCCGUUGCCAUGACAGUAGACAUCCUGCUGAAGCUGCUGACGGAGGACCAGUGGGAGGUCCGGCACGGGGGUCUUCUGGGCAUCAAGUAUGGCCUGGCAGUCCGACAGGUACCAAUAACCUCCUGUCCUGUCUGCUUGCCUCUGUUGCCCACCAUGCAUGAUGUGUGUUAUCCAGUUUUAUACAUGUAUAGACUAGACCAGGGUUCCCCAACUGGCCGAAUUUGGCCCGCGGGUUCAUUUAUUUGGUCCCCCAAGUUUUCUAAGCAAAAAAUAAUAAUAUAUAUUAGAUUUGUUUUAUUGGGGGACAGUAAAGACUAGAAACACCAGCAAAUCGGCUCCAAGUGAUUUUAAUUUUGGAAAUCUAAUCCAAAGUAUUUACAUUCAUGUUUUAAAUUAUGAUGGUUUAGUCAAAUAUUAUCUGUUUGGGCUUCUUAUGGUCAAUUUGCAAUCUACAAAUUAUUAGUAAUUAUGUUCCGGGCCCCGACCAGCCACUCCAGAAAAAAAUCGGCCUGUGGCUGAAUCCCUGGACUACACUCAUUGUCUUUCUAUAACCUUCUUUCUCGCUCCAUUGCUUUCUCCCCCCCCCCCCCCCCCCCCCCCUUUCCUCUCAGGACCUGAUAUCCGCUCUGCUUCCACGGGUGCUCCCUGCCAUCACGGAGGGGCUACAGGACCUGGAUGAUGAUGUCAGAGCGGUGGCGGCCUCGGCCCUCAUCCCUGUGGUGGAUGGCUUAGUGCAGCUACUCCCCAACAAGGUCAGACAGGAGCACCUCACCACAGUCACUCUUUCCAUCUGGUCACCGUAACUGCCCUUUAGCCUCUCUCAAACCUCACCUCUCACAUAGUCAUGCCUCUCCCAUGGCUUUGCCUUUGCUGUCAUUGUAUACUUCUUCAGACCUGCCAACCUGCACACAUUUUGCCCACCAUGCACGCAAUUUGAGGUAGAAGUACGCUGGUACGAAAAACUACCCUAAAAUACGCAAAAAUAGGCUUCUAGUUGGCACAUUGGUUUUUGACGCAUCUCUAGCUCUCUGAUCCCGGAUAGCACUAAUCGUAGUUCAGUGUGUGCUACUGCGUGGAUGGAAACAAACAGUUAUGUUAGGCCUACUAAUCUUUUAAGUCUAUGUUAAUUAAUCAGUUCUUGAUCUGACCUCUUGAUAUAGCUGUAUGUCAACAGUAGGCUGCUAAUGACAUAAUAAUAGUCAGUUCACCAAUGUCAACGAGGCAUGUUGAAUAAAUGGUAGCCUAGUAGUCAGACUUAACUUGAUGGAUUAGUUUAGGGAUGCAGAUCUGAAACAAGCUCAUAUAGGCCUAGUUCAGUUGUUUCCUAUUCCAAAACGCCAACAGUAAGCUAGACUACUAGCUACUUUGCAUCCAAGAUGGCGUAGCAGUGCGGUCGUGUGUGUCCGUGUAAAUAGCCUGUUUUUUGUAUUUUUCGUACAUAUUUCCCUAUCUCACUUUUCAUCCUUCUACUAAAUAUACUUUCCUGCAACCCGCCUCACUCAAUGUGGAAUGGAUUCUAUUAUUGACUUACCUUUUAUCUAGAAUCUCCAGUUGAAACUAGCUAGCCAGCUAACUAGCUAUUAGCCACCGUUAGCAGUUUUCACCCAGAACAUCGGAUUUUCUGCCGGAAUAACUGAAUCACUGGACAUUAACACCGGAUCGCAACUAGCUAGCCGCAACCGAAUGGAUGUUGCUGUUGGCUAAUCACCACUGCCCCCGAAGCAAGCACCAGUUAGCCUUGAGCUAGCCUCGAGCCAGGCCCAUAUCCCGGCUAUCUACCUCUCUGUCUACCGGACGGGAGUAGGCAGCUAACUAGUUUUUCACCAUUGUUUGUGGCCUGCACUACCUACCAGCCAGCUCUAGCCUGGACUAUUAUCGGCCAGUCUGCACUGUCUGCACAGCGUGUUAUCGACCCAGAACAUAUCGGUUUUUCUGCCGGAAUCACUGGACCUUUAACUCCGGAUCAUCGCAACUAGCUAGCUGCAACCAAAUGGAUGUUGUUGUUGGCUAAUCAGCCUUGAGCUAGCCUCGUGUCAGGCCCAUCUCCCGGCUAUCUACCCUUCUGUCAACCGGACGGGACCUCCUAGAGUCGACACGGAGCCCCGCCGAUCCAUCACGACUGGUCUGCCGACGUAAUCGUCUGUGGUUUCAACAGGCUUCCCGUUGCGACGACCACGAUGAUCCAUCUGCUAACCCCGGCCCGCUAGCACACGCAAACAACAGCCAUGCUUCCUGCUAGCCUGUGCUGUAGCAGCAAUUCGAACUGCUCUCUGACUCACAUAUUGCUGUCCAGUGACGCUAUCUCUUUCAUUGUUACCCAACGCUUAGGUUUACCUCCACUGUACUCAUAUCCUUGUCUGUACAUAAUGCCCUGAAUCUAUUCUACAACGCCCGGAAAUCUGCCCUCUUUACUCUCUGUACCCAACGCACUAGAAGACCAGUUCUUAAAGCCUAUAGCCGUAUCCUUAUUCUAGUCCUCCUCUGUUCCUCUGGUGAUGUAGAGGUUAACCCAGGCCCUGCAGCCCCCAGUAUCACUCCUACUCCCCAGGAGCUAUCAUUUGUUGACUUCUGUAACCGUAAAAGCAUUGUUUUUUUUGCAUGUUAACAUCAGAAGCCUCCUUCCUAAGUUUGAGUUAUUCACUGCGUUAGCACACUCUACCAACCCUGAUGUUCUAGCAGUGUCUGAAUCCUGGCUUAGGAAGGCCACCAAAAAUUCAGAAAUGUCCAUCCCCAACUACAACAUUUUCUGUCUAGAUAGAACUGCCAAAGGGGGUGGAGUUGCAAUCUACUGUAAAGAUAGAGCUCUGCAGGCUAUCAUACUAUCCAGGUCUGUGCCCAAACAGAUUGAGCUCCUACUUCUAAAAAUCCACCUUUCCAGAAAUAAGUCUCUCACUGUUGCCGCUUGCUACAGACCCCCCUCAGUCCCCAGCUGUGCCCUGGACACCAUAUGUGAAUUGAUUGCCCCCCAUCUAUCCUCAGAGUUCGUACUGCUUGGUGACCUAAACUGGGAUAUGCUUAACACCCCGGCCAUCCUACAAUCCAAACUAGAUGCCCUCAAUCUCUCACAAAUUAUCAAGGAACCUACCAGGUACAACCUUUAAAUCCGUAAACAUGGGCACCCUUAUAGAUAUCAUCCUGACUAACUUACCCUCUAAAUAUACCUCCGCUGUCUUCAACCAGGAUCUCAGCAAUCACUGCCUUAUUGCCUGCGUCCGUAACAGGUCCGCGGUCAAACGACCACCCCUCAUCACUGUCAAACGCUCCCUAAAACACUUUAGCGAGCAGGCCUUCCUAAUUGACCUGGAUGGAUAUCGAUCUCAUUCCGUCAGUAGAGGAUGCCUGGUUGUUCUUUAAAAGUGCUUUCCUCUCAAUCUUAAAUAAGCAUGCCCCAUUCAAAAAAUUCAGAACUAAGAACAGAUAUAGCCACUGGUUCUCCUCAGACUUGACUGCCCUUGACCAGCACAAAAACAUUCUGUGGCGUACUGCAUUAGCAUCGAAUAGCCCCCGCAAUAUGCAACUUUUCAGGGAAGUUAGGAACCAAUAUACACAAGCAGUUAGGAAAGCAAAGGCUAGCUUUUUCAAACAGAAAUUUGCAUCCUGUAGCACUAACUCCAAAAGGUUUUGGGAUGCUGUAAAGUCCAUGGAGAAUAAGAGCAAUUCCUCCCAGCUGCCCACUGCACUGAGGCUAGGAAACACUAUCACCACUGAUAAAUCUACAAUAAUCGAAUUUCAACAAGCAUUUUGCUACGGCUGGCCAUGCUUUCCACCUGGCUACCACUACCCCAGCCACCAGCUCUGCACCCUCCGCUGCAACUUGCCCAUGCCCCCCCCCCCCCCGCUUGUCCUUCACACAAAUUCAGACAGCUGAUGUUCUGAAAGGGCUGCAAAAUCUGGACCCCUACAAAUCAUCUGGGCUAGACAAUCUGGACCCUUUCUAAAAAUAGCCGCCGAAAUUGUCGCAACCCCUAUUACUAGCCUGUUCAACCUCUCUUUCAUAACGUCUGAGAUCCCCAGAGAUUGGAAUGCUGCCGCGGUCAUCCCCCUCUUCAAAGGGGGUGACACUCUAGAUCCAACUGUUACAGACCUAUAUCCAUCCUGCCCUGCCUUUCGAAAGUAUUUGAAAGCCAAGUUAACAAACAGAUCACCGACCAUUUCGAAUCACACCGUACCUUCUCCGCUAUGCAAUCCGGUUUCCAAGCUGGUCAUGGGUGCACCUCAGCCACGCUCAAGGUCCUAAACAAUAUCAUAACCGCGAUCGAUAAUAGACAGUACUGUGCAGCCGUCUUCAUCGACCUGGCCAAGGCUUUCGACUCUGUCAACCACCGCAUUCUUAUUGGCAGACUAAAUAGCCUUGGUUUCUCAAAUGACUGCCUCGCCUGGUUCACCAACUACUUCUCAGAUAGAGUUCAAUGUGUCAAAUCGGAGGGCCUGUUGUCUGGACCUAUGGCAGUCUAUGGGGGUGCCACAGGGUUCAAUUCUUGGGGGGGACAGGACAACUUCACUGCAUCAAAGGGACGAUGGAUGGGGCCAUGUACCGUCAAAUCUUGGGUGAGAACCUCCUUCCCUCAGCCAGGGCAUUGAAAAUGGGUCGUGGAUGGGUAUUCCAGCAUGACAAUGACCCAAAACAUACGGCCAAGGCAACAAAGGAGUGGCUCAAGAAGAAGCACAAGGUCCUGGAGUGGCCUAGCCAGUCUCCAGACCUUAAUCCCAUAGAAAAUCUGUGGAGGGAGCUAAAGGUUCGAGUUGCCAAACGUCACCCUCGAAACCUUAAUGACUUGGAGAAGAUCUGCAAAGAGGAGUGGGACAAAAUCCCUCCUGAGAUGUGUGCAAACCUGGUGGCCAACUACAAGAAACGUCUGUCCUCUGUGAUUGCCAACAAGGGUUUUGCCACCAAGUACUAAGUCAUGUUUUGCAGAGGGGUCAAACACUUAUUUCCCUCAUUUAAAAUGCAAGUCAAUUUAUAAUAUUUUUGACAUGCGUUUGUCUGGAUUUUUUUGUAAUUCUGUCUCUCACUGUUCAAAUAAACCUACCAUUAAAAUUAUAGACUGAUCAUUUCUUUGUCAAUGGGCAAACGUACAAAAUCAGCAGGGGAUCAAAUACUUUUUUCCCUCACUGUACACUCAAUUAGUAUUUGGUAGCAUUGCUUUUUCAGUUCUGCCCACACAUUUUCUAUAGGAUUGAGGUCAGGGCUUUGUGAUGACCACUCCAAUACCUUGACUUUGUUGUCCUUAAUCCAUUUUGCCACAAGUUUGGAAGUAUGCUUGGGGUCAUUGUCCAUUUGGAAGACCCAUUUGCAACCAAGCUUUAACUUCCUGACUGUCUUGAGAAGUUGCUUCAAUAUAUCCACAUCAUUUUCCUUCCUCAUGAUGCCAUCUAUUUUGUGAAGUGCACCAGUCCCUCCUGCAGCAAAGCACCCCCACAGCAUGAUGCUGCCACCCCCGUGCUUCAAGGUUGGGAUGGUGUUCUUCAGCUGGCAAGCCUUCCCCUUUUCCCUCCAAACAUAACGAAGUUCAUUAUGGCCAAGCAGUUCUAUUUUGUUUCAUCAGACCAGAGGACGUUUCUCCAAAAAGUACGAUCUUUGUCCCCAUGUGCCUUUGCAAACCGUAGUCUGGCUUUUUUAAUGGCGUUUUUGGAGCAGUGGCUUCUUCCUUGCUGAGCGGCCUUUCAGGUUAUGUCGAUAUAGGUCUUAUUUUACUGUGGAAAUAGAUACUUUUGUACCCGUUUCCUCCAGCAUCUUCACAAGGUCCUUUGCUGUUGUUCUGGGAUUGAUUUGCACUUUUCGCACCAAAGUACAUUAAUCUCUAGGAGACAGAACGCGUCUCCUUCCUGAGCGGUAUGACGGCUGCGUGGUCCCAUGGUGUUUAUACUUGCGUACUAUUGUUUGUACAGAUGAACGUGGUACCUUCAGACAUUUGGAAAUUGCUCCCAAGGAUGAACCAGACUUGUGGAGGUCUACAAUUCUUUUUCUGAGGUCUUGGCUGAUUUCUUUUGAUUUUCCCAUGAUGUCAAGCAAAGAGGCACUGAGUUUGAAGGUAGGUCUUGAAAUACAUCCACAGGUACACCUCCAAUUGACUCAAAUGAUGUCAAUUAGCGUAUCAGAAGCUUCUAAAGCCAUGACAUUUUCUGGAAUUUUCCAAGCUGUUUAAAGGCACAGUCAACUUCUGACCCACUGUAAUUGUGAUACAAUUGUUGGAAAAAUUACUUGUCAUGCACAAAUUAGAUGUCCUAACCGACUUGACAAAACUAUAGUUUGUUAAAAAGAAAUUUGUGGAGUGGUUGAAAAACUGUGUGUAUACUGAGAUCAGGUGGACUUGAACUAAUUAUGUGACUUCUGAAGGUAAUUGGUUGCACCAGAUCUUAUUUAGUGGCUUCGUAGCAAAGGGGGUGAAUACAUAUGUACGCACCACUUUUCCGUUAUAAAUUUUUUCGUUGCACUUCACGAAUUUGGACUAUUUUGUGUAUGUCCGUUACAUGAAAUCCAAAUAAAAAUCCAUUUAAAUUACAGGUUGUAAUGCAACAAAAUAGACAAAACGCCAAGGGGGGUGAAUACUUUUGCAAGGCACUGUAUGCAAUAAGAAAUACUCAUUUUUGUUUUCCCAGGUUGAGUUUAUUUGCUCUGUUUUAUUCAGUGCUGUGCGAACCAUAGCAGUUGUCUCUGCAGUCAUGAUCUACAUAAAACAGUUUUUUUUCUCUUUAUUGUUCAGGUCCCGUUCAUAGUGAACUCCCUGUGGGACGCUCUCCUGGAGCUGGAUGACCUGACUGCCUCCACCAACAGCAUCAUGACCCUACUGUCCUCUCUGCUCACUUACCCCCAAGUCCGACAGUGCAGGUGAGUGACUCCUCUCCUGUCUGUACAGAUAGAUAACCUCUCCCACUUCAUCAUGGAAAUCAUGAACAUCUUGUACUUGAAGGAACAUUCCGAUGAAGAUCUACAAUUGUUGUGGUAAAGAGCAGAUGUCUUGUAAAGUCAAUGGUGUUUUAUAUGGCUGAGAAACGUUCAAACAAGUACGUUUUUUUUGUUGUGGUUAUUUUUGUUUUAAGUACAACAAGGUGUAGAAUUGUUGUUUUUAGUUCCCUUUGUCAAUGAAAUGUCUAGUGUGCUUUGCAUGUACUGAGGACAACUUUUGCAAGGGUUGACAGGCCUAACAAUGCUCUCUUUUGUCCCUCCAGCAUGCAGCAGUCCCUAACGGUCCUCGUCCCUCGGGUCUGGCCAUUCCUUAGACACACCAUAUCAUCAGUCAGACGGGCCGCACUAGAGACCCUUUUCACCCUACUAUCCAAAGCUGACCAGGUGGGUUUUAAAAGAAAACUAUGUCAAUGGCCCAAUCCUAAAUAGACCCCUAUGCACUAGUGUAGAUCUGGCAUUAAGGUAAUAGCUCUGCCUUGCCCCUUGAUGGGCUAGGUGGAGGUUUAACCAUAUUGCUUAUACCAAUCGAAUCCUCUCAGGUCAACAACACACGUGGGGCGUUAGGGUCUUGGAGUCGAUUUUGAGAUUGGGCCAAUUUUUGGAAUGCUUAUGUAUGAGUACAACUCUUCGUUUUCAUAACUGAAGUCUGUUGUUCCAGAGCUGUGCAUUAUGGCUCAACCAGGUCCUGCAAGACAUGCUCCGACACAUCUUCCAGUCCUGCAUCUUGGAGAGCAAUCAGGAGAUCCUGGACCUCAUCCAAAAGGUUUGAGACACACACCACACUAGACAGGUUUCCAUUGACCCAGGUUUAUUAGACAAAAGCAAUUUUGCAAAGAAAAUUGAUGUGUAAUAGAAACGGCAGAUGUAGUAGACGUUUUCUAAAGAUCAAUAAACAUUUUAUCCUUUCGACAGGUGGUGGAGUUUUCUUUUGUCUCUCUUUAUUGCGACAAAUGAUGGAUACUUUUUAGAAUACAUGAUUGCCAAAUAAUUUAAUUCUAAAUGCCUGCUGCUUGCAAAAUCAAUUUUUUCAGCUAUAAAAAUGUUUCUUUGCAGGACAAGGAUUGUCCUGACUUUCAAGAAUGCCUGAAUUGCUUUGCCUUUCUUUUCUGGUUGGAUGGAAUCCUAUUUGCCAGCAGUAUACCACCAUGCAUCCCACUGCUGUCUUGCCUCUGAAGCUAAACAGGGUUGGUCCCUGGAAGGGAGACCAGAUGCUGCUGGAUGUGGUGUUGGAGGGCCAGUAGGAGGCACUCUUUCCUCUGGUCCCCCUAAAAUAAAUUUAAUUUUAGCAAAAAAAGAAACGUCCACUCACUGUCAACUGCGUUUAUUUUCAGCAAACUUAACAUGUGUAAAUAUUUGUAUGAACAUAACAAGAUUCAACAACUGAGACAUAAACUGAACAAGUUCCACAGACAUGUGACUAACAGAAAUGGAAUAAUGUGUCCCUGAACAGAGGGGGGGGGGAUCACCAGCUGCAUUAAGGACUGCAGUGCAUCUCCUCCUCAUGUACUGCACCAGAUUUGCCAGUUCAUUUCUGGGGGAAAUGGCCCUAGCCCUCACCCUCCGAUCAAACAGGUCCCAGACGUGAUCAAUGGGAUUGAGAUCCGGGCUCUUCGCUGGCCAUGGCAGAACACUGACAUUCCUGUCUUGCAGGAAAUCACGCACAGAACGAGCAGUAUGGCUGGUGGCAUUGUCAUGCUGGAGGGUCAUGUCAGGAUGAGACUGCAGGAAGGGUACCACAUGAGGGAGGAGGAUGUCUUCCCUGUAACGUACAGCGUUGCGAUUGCCUGCAAUGACAACAAGCUCAGUCCGAUGAUGCUGUGACACACUGCAUCAGACCAUGAUGGACCCUCCACAUCCAAAUCAAUCCCGCUCCAGAGUACAGGCCUCGGUGUAACCCUCAUUCCUUCGACGAUAAACGCGAAUCCGACCAUCACCCCUGGGUGAGACAAAACCGCUACUCGUCAGUGAAGAGCAUUUUUUUGCCAGUCCUGUCUGGUCCAGCGACGGUGGGUUUGUGCCCAUAGGCGACGUUGUUGCAGGUGAUGUCUGGUGAGGACUUGCCUUACAACAGGCCUACAAGCCCUCAGUCCAGCCUCUCUCAGCCUAUUGUGGACAGUCUGAGCACUGAUGGAGGGAUUGUGCAUUCUUGGUGUAACUCGGGCAGUUGUUGUUGCCAUCCUGUACCUCUCUCGAAGGUGUGAUGUUCGGAUGUACCGAUCCUGUGCAGGUGUUGUUACAUGUGGUCUGCCACUGCGAGGACGAUCAGCUGUCAAUCCUGUCUCCCUGUAGCACUGUCUUAGGCGUCUCACAGUACGGACAUUGCAAUUUAUUGCCCUGGCCACAUCUGCAGUCCUCAUGCCUCCUUGCAGCAUGCCUAAGGCACGUUCACGCAGAUGAGCAGGGACCCUGGGCAUCUUUCUUUUGGUGUUUUUCAGAGUCAGUAGAAAGGCCUCUUUUAGUGUCUUAAGUUUUCAUAUCUGUGACCUUAAUUGCCUACCGUCUGCAAGCUGUUCGUGUCUUAACGACCGUUCCACAGAUGCAUGUUCAUUAAUUGUUUAUGGUUCAUUGAACAAGCAUGGGAAACAGUGUUUAAACCCUUUACAAUGAAGAUCUGUGAAGUUAUUUGGAUUUUUACUAAUUAUCUUUGAAAGACAGGGUUCAUAUCUAUCUAUAUCCCAAUGCCCCAGGGCAGUGAUUGGGGACAUUGCCCUGUGUAAGGUGCCGUCUUUAGGAUGGGAUGUUAAACACGUGUCCUGACUCUCUGUGGUCACUAAAAAUCCCAUGGCACUUAUCGGAAGAGUAGGGGUGUUAACCCCAGUGUCCUGGCUAAAUUCCCAAUCUGGCCCUCAUACCAUCAUGGCCACCUAAUCAUCCCCAGGUUCCAAUUGUCUCGACAGGAUUUUAGUAUUUAGUAAUAUGACAUUAGCCAUGUUUCCAUUAACUUGUCCAGUGAUCUUUUUAUUUAUUUUUAUUUUAUUUUUGUAGACGUAUAGAAAACUGAUGCGACUAUUGCCUGCUUGGGUGCAUUUCCAUUUAACGAUCGUGUCGAUAAAAACAGCGGGACGUAAUGACGUCACAACAUUUUUUAAUAAACCAGGGAAUUUAUUGAAAGUUCCUGGGAUUUUGCAACCGUAAAUCCUGGCUGCUGUUUUUAAUGAGUUUGCCUUGUAGGUGUGGACAGAGCUGCUGCGCCAGGCCCCUCAGCAGUACGUGGUGGCAGCCAGCUGUCCCUGGAUGGGUGCCUGGCUCUGUCUGAUGAUGCAAGCCUCUCACAUCCCCAUAGACAUCAACAUGCUGCUGGAAGUCAAGUCUCGCUGCAAGGUGAGAGGAUGGUUACUCAUAUUGUCUGGUAUGAUGAUGUGAAAUAGUCUAGGGCGCUGUUCAUUAGGGCACACUGUAGACUUUCUGCAAUGGAAAACAAAAGUGACUGUUCUUAUUGGACAACCUCUGAUGGUACCAGUCCGUUUUGGGCAACAACAAAAAAAAUCACUGAACCUAACCCAGGUUUCUGAUGCAGAUGUUCUCUAAUAUCGUUUGACAGGAGAAGGCUGGUGGGAAGCCUCGCCAGGGAGCCUUGGUUCAGGUGAAGGAGACUGUUCAGGAGUACAUCGCCGGCACAGAAACCGUGACCGAGGACCCAAUGACGCGGGACUAUGUGGUGACACGGGCUCGACUCAUGGCCGCCAAGUUAGUCUCCCUGUUUCUAUUUCUCCAUCUAAUUUUAAUCCCUAGAGAUAUUUUAGAAAAAUAACUAAAUGGUAGAAUUGGGACAAAAGGCAGCGGUUGGAUCCUGAGAGACUAAAAGGGGGGGGGGGGAUCAAAUUAAUCCUUAGGUUGGUAGGAACAAAUCUAACCUAUUGCUAAUGUUAUCUGAUGAUGUAUGACUUCGAUGUAAAACAUUGAAUGUCCACCGAGUGACUGUCUUUGUGCAUCAAAAAUAUGUUGCCUGCUUACGUGCUGUAGGCAUCCAUUACACAGGGGAUUGACUACUAUGGCACCUUGACAGUCUUGUAGCCAAUGAGAAGCUUUCCAGGGAUAUGCAGUUGACCUGGGUGGGACAAAGCAAGGCCUAGAACCUUUUUUAUGCGUAAUGCGAACUAUUGCUACCUGGCUCAGACGAGACUCACUGAGCACGCUACAUUACAUUGUAAACAGAUUUCAUCGCUUUAAUUUAAUCGCUUUAGUAUAAAAGAUGGCUUCUCAAUAAAAAAAUGUAAAGGGAAAAACUAUGAAUAUUGAACAGGAACCUAAAAAGAAAGCAGCCAUGAAUAAGUAUACCGACAUAGAAGCUUUGAAUAAAAUACUGGAGUCGGAUCGGGGAGCAAUUUGGACGACGAUGAUUUCGACUCGGCCGACAAAGAUUGGUUUCUGGAAGGAUUGGAUCCACUUUUAGAUCUGUAAGUAAAUUUAUUUUAAUUCACUUUAUAUAGCUAAUUUACUAUAUGUAUUUCAUUUUAUAAGUUGUCUGCUUUUGUUGCUUUGGAUUUAGUUUACAUAUGCCUAUGUAACAAGUAAUUUCAAUGUUAGAAAAUAACUACUUUGGAAUUAUAUGUGUUUCAUAUUAGUUUGCUGUUCUAAGUUUCAUCCUUGUAACUUUGGAGAGGCCACUAAACUCUCAUGGCCAUUGUUUUUGUGGUUCUCACCUCUGCAAAGUGUUAGUUUGCAUCGUGUGUGUGCUUCACCGAUGUGAGUCACUGUACAGGUAAAGUUUAGGCUUGGUGUUUUUACUUUACAGUAAUGUUUUGUAAAUUUAGUCAACUGUAAUUCUGUGUGUCUUACAACAAUAUAUCCCUUUAUUUUAUUCACCACAGAGUGGAGGAUUUGGAUGAUGACGUUUGGGAGCCACCCCUCCCCAGCAAUUUCGCCCCGCUGGUCUUCACCCCCCACUGCUAUGUCAAUCACCCCGUCUGAUGGUUCUACAUCCACUACUCCGCAAACAACCCACUCCUCUUCAACCACCCCCACUGCAGGCCCUGGCAACACUCCCCUCUCUGCCAGUUCAUCUGGAGGUGCAGGGGCAGGGAGGAGAUCUAGGCCUCUACAGAGGAGAGGGAGAGGCAGAGGCAGUGGAAGCAGCACCACAGAGGGAGAUGAAACUGAGGACAGGUGGCAUACGGUCCUUGAAGAUGAUGUGGAGCCAGAACAAUUUAGGUUUAAACCAAAACGACCAGUCGGUCCUCUGUAGCUCAAUUGGUAGAGCAUGGCGCUUGUAACGCCAGGGUAGUGGGUUCGAUCCCCAGGACCACCCAUACGUUUAAAAAAAAAUGUAUGCACACAUGACUAAGUCGCUUUGGACAAAAGCGUCUGCUAAAUUAUAUUAUGAAACAUACACCCUCUUACAGCUGUUUCAGCUCUACUUUACCACCUCUGUACUGGGAACACUAAUUAGUCAUACCAACAAGUAUGGGGACAAGAAGCAGCAGGGGGGAAGGAAGAUGUCCUGGAAACCUAUCACCAUGGGUGACAUGCUCAACUACAUUUCCUUGGUGAUUUACAUGGGACUGGUAAAGGUAUCAAGACUAGUUGACAACUGGAGCAAGUCCCCACUCUAUCGGUUCAAGUUCCCCACCUCCAUCAUGAGUGAAAACCGAUUCUUGGCUGUCAACCGUACUCUUCACGAGUGACCCACAAAAGGAUCAGGAGAAUGACCAGAAGAAGGGGACUGCAGGGUGUGAUCGUCUUGCAAGAGUCAAGCCCCUUUUAUCAUGACAUGGCAGAGGCAUGCAAAACUUACUUCCAGCCUGCUCAAAGUCUAUCUGUAGAUGAGCGCAUGGUUGCCUCAUGCUUGAAUUGGCUUGAAGCAAUAUAUGAAAAAUAAGCUGACCAAAUGGGGCUACAAGCUCUUUGUGCUAGUCGUUUCAGCCUCUGCCUACACGUGGAACUUGUUCAUCUAUGAAGGCAAGGCGAUCACACCCACUGGGAAGGGCCUUAGUUAUAACUCUGUCAUGCAGUUGAUGGACUUCCCCUUACUUGGCAGUGAUUACAAGCUCUUUGUGGACAAUGUGUAUACUAGUCCAAUGCUUUUCAUAGACCUCUUGAAAAAGACAAUGGGGGCUUUUGGCACAAUUCGUCCUAACAGAAUGGGUUUCCCCAAGACCAAGGUAAACCACAUGACAAAGACCGCAGAGAGGGGGACCAUACGUUGGAUCAGGACUAACAAGCUGCUUUUUGUGAAAUGGAAGGACACUAGGGAAGUAAUCAUGCUCACAACACAGCAUAAGGCAUUCAAUAACAACCAUGUCUCAAGGAGGGUGAAAAAUGCCAAUGGGGGUGAGGAAGAAUGUCCCAGUUUCUGUGAAGGACUACAAUGCCAGCAUGGGUGGGGUGUUGCCCUAUCUGAUGCUCUGAUAGGCUACUACCAGGUCCUCCACAAGACCAGGAAGUGGUAUAAGACUUUGUUUUACCACUUUGUGGACAUUGCUACAGUAAAUGCUUUCAUUCUCCAUAAGCAGAUGGCCAAAGCAAAAGGUCAAACCCCUCUCGCCCAGUUGGCCUUCCGAGAGCAGCUGGCGUUGGAAAUGGCUGAAUUGGGGGACCAAAGCAACCUCACAACCAUCACAAGACCCCCCACUCAAGUUGAGCGCCACUAUCCAACACACAUGCCAAAAGACAAAAGGAAGAACCGCAAGCAUUGCCCAAAACCCGGGGGGGGAGGGUGAAAAGCCAGUUCUUCUGUCCGAAAUACCAGUUCGCUUUUUGUUUACCUGGCAGAGAGGAACUGCUUCAAAGACUAUCACGACAUGCACAAGCUAUGGUGAAAGUGAAAUCUAAUCAUCUACACCUGUGAUGUAAACGAAGACUAAUGCCAUUUGUAAAUAGUUCAGCUUAUUUCUAUCAAAAGAAACAGUCAGUAUCUCUGGUGGCCACCAGCUGCAUUAAGUACUGCAUUGCAUCUCCUCAUGGACUGCACCAGAUUUGCCGGUUCUUGCUGUGAGAUGUUACCCCACUCUUCCACCUAGGCACCUGCAAGUUCCCAGACAUUUCUGGGGGCAAAGGCCCUAGCCCUCACCCUCUAAUCCAACAGGUCCCAGAUGUGCUCAAUGGGAUUGAGAUCCGGGCUCUUCGCUGGCCAUGGCAGAACACUGACAUUCCUGUCUUGCAGGAAGUCACGCACAGAAUGAGCAGUAUGGCUGGUGGCAUUGUCAUGCUGGAGGGUCAUGUCAAGAUGAGUCUGCAGGAAGGGUACCACAUGAGGGAGGAGGAUGUCUUCUCUGUAACACACAGCGUUGAGAUUGCCUGCAAUGACAACAAGCUCAGUCCGAUGAUGCUGUGACACACUGCCCCAGACCAUGACGGACCCUCCACAUCCAAAUCAAUCCCGCUCCAGAGUACAGGCCUCGGUGUAACCCUCAUUCCUUUGACGAUAAACUUGAAUCCGACCAUCACCCCUGGGUGAGACAAAACCGCGACUCGUCAGUGAAGAGCACUUUUUGCCAGUCAUGUCUGGUCCAGCGACGGUGGGUUUGUGCCCAUAGGUGACGUUGUUGCCGGUGAUGUCUGGUGAGGACCUGCCUUACAACAGGCCUACAAGCCCUCAGUCCAGCCUCUCUCAGCCUAUUGUGGACAGUCUGAGCACUGAUGGAGGGAUUGUGCAUUCCUGGUGUAACUCGGGCAGUUGUUGUUGCCAUCCUGUACCUGUCCCGCAGGUGUGAUGUUCGGAUGUACCGAUCCUGUGCAGGUGUUGUUACACGUGGUCUGCCAGUCCUGUAUCCUUGUAGCGCUGUCUUAGGCAUCUCACAGUACGAACAUUGCAAUUUAUUGCCCUGGCCACAUCUGCUGUCCUCAUGCCUCCUUGCAGCAUGCCUAAGGCACGUUCUCGCAGAUGAGCAGGGACCCUGGGCAUAUUUCUUUUGGUGUUUUUCAGAGUCUGUAGAAAGGCCUCUUUUAGUGUCUUAAGUUUUCAUAACUGUGACCUUAAUUGCCUACAGUCUAUAAGCUGUUAGUGUCUUAACGACCGUUCCACAGGUGCAUGUUCAUUAAUUGUUUUAUGGUUCAUUGAGGAAACAGUGUCACAUGGGAAACAGUGUUUAAACCCUUUACAAUGGAGAUCUGUGAAGUUAUUUGGAUUAUUACGAAUUAUCUUUUGGAAGACAGGGUCCUGAAAAAGGGAGGUUUCUUUUUUUGCUGAAUUUAACUUGUCAAUGAAAGAUGACUUUCAAAAUAAAAAACGGUUAUUUUGUGUGUGCUUGAUCUUGUGUAUUCUGAACUAUGUAUCCUAUCUAUCUUCUGAUCAUUUCCUCAGCAUCUCCCAGAUGUCUUCUUUCCAAAUAUACCAAGUUUUUGCAUGUCAGAAUCAUGUAUUACACAUGAAUAGCAGUCACUUUUGGGUAUGUCUAUUUAGGCAGAAAUCUACAUUUUGCCAUUACAUUUUAGAGGCUAGAGCUGGCCGCCCAGCCAAACUGAGCAAUCAGGGGAGAAGGGCCUUGAUCAGGGAGGUGACCAAGAACCCAAUGGUCACUGACAGAGCUCCAGAGUUCCUCUUGAGAUGGGAGAACCUUCCAGAAGGACAUCCAUCUCUGCAGCACUCCACCAAUCAGGCCUUUUUAUGGUAGAGUGGCCAGACAGAAGCCACGCCUUUAGUAAAAGGCACAUGACAGCUCGCUUAGAGUUUGCCAAAAGGCACCUAAAGGACUCAGACCAUGAGAAACCACAUUCUCUGGUCUGAUGAAACCAAGAUUGAACUCUUUGGCCUGAAUGCCAAGUGUCACGCCUGGAGGAAACCUGGCACCAUCCCUACGGUGAAGCAUGGUGGUGGCAGCAUCAUGUUGUGGGGAUGUUUUUCAGCAGCAGGGACUGGCAGACUAGUCAGGAUCGAGAGGAAACAUUAAUGGAGCAAAGUACAGAAAGAUCCUUGAUGAAAACCUGCUCCAGAGCGCUCAGGACCUCAGACUGGGGCGAUGGUUCACCUUCCAACAGGACAAUGACCCUAAGCACACAAUACAACGCAGGAGUAGCUUCGGGACAAGUCUCUGAAAUGUCCUUGAGUGGCCCAGCCAGAGCCCGGACUUGAACCCAAUUGAACAUCUCUAGAGAGACCUGAAAAUAGCUGUGCAGCAACGCUCCCCAUCCAACCUGAGAGAGUGAGAGAAUCUGCAGAGAAGAAUGGGAGAAACUCCCCAAAUACAUGUGUGCCAAGCUUGUAGCGUCAUACCCAAGAAGACUUGAGGCUGUAAUCGCUGCCAAAGGUGAUUUCAAUAAAGUACUGAGUAAAAGGUCUGAAUACUUAUGUAAAUGUGAUAUUUCAGUUUUACAUUUUAAAUAAAUUUGCUAAAAUUUCAAAUAACCUGUUUUUGCUUUGUCAUUAUGGGUUAUUGUGUGUAGAUUUGGGGGGGGGGACAACUUAAUCCCUAUUUUCGAAUAAGGCUUUAACGUAAGAGUGUGGAAAAAGUCAAAGAGUCUGUAUACUUCCCGAAUGCACUGUAUGUUGAUUGAUAGUGUUUUCCCUGGGAUUUUAUUGAACAACACUGUUCCUAAAGCUAAUUUCCUGCGUGGCCUUAUGCUAUCUGAGUGACUCAAACAUUUACAGUGGGGAGAACAAGUAUUUGUGGUUCUCUGUAGCUCAGCUGGUAGAGCACGGCGCUUGUAACGCCAAGGUAGUGGGUUCGAUCCCCGGGACCACCCAUACACAAAAAAAAAUGUAUGCACGCAUGACUGUAAGUCGCUUUGGAUAAAAGCGUCUGCUAAAUGGCAUAUUAUAUUUUUAUUAUAUUUAUUUGAUACACUGCCGAUUUUGCAGGUUUUCCUACUUACAAAGCAUGUAGAGGUCUGUAAUUUUUAUCAUAGGUACACUUCAACUGUGAGAGACGGAAUCUAAAACAAAAAUCCAGAAAAUCACAUUGAAUGAUUUUUAAGUAAUUCAUUUGCAUUUUAUUGCAUGACAUAAGUAUUUGAUCACCUACCAACCAGUAAGAAUUCUGGCUCUCACAGACCUGCUAGUUUUUCUUUAAGAAGCCCUCCUGUUCUCCACUCAUUACCUCUAUUAACUGCACCUGUUUGAACUCGUUACCUGUAUAAAAGACACCUGUCCACACACUCAAUCAAACAGACUCCAACCUCUCCACAAUGGCCAAGACCAGAGAGCUGUGUAAGGACAUCAGGGAUAAAAUUGUAAACCUGCACAAGGCUGGGAUGGGCUACAGGACAAUAGGCAAGCAGCUUGGUGAGAAGGCAACAACUGUUGGCGCAAUUAUUAGAAAAUGGAAGAAGUUCAAGAUGACGGUCAAUCAUCCUCGGUCUGGGGCUCCUAGCAAGAUCUCACCUCGUGGGGCAUCAAUGAUCAUGAGGAAGGUGAGGGAUCAGCCCAGAACUACACGGCAGGACCUGGUCAAUGACCUGAAGAGAGCUGGGACCACAGUCUAAAAAAAAAAAACAUUAGUAACACACUACGCCGUCAUGGAUUAAAAUCCUGCAGCGCACGCAAGGUCCCCCUGCUCAAGCCAGCGCAUGUCCAGGCCCGUCUGAAGUUUGCCAAUGUCCAUCUGGAUGAUCCAGAGGAGGAAUGGGAGAAGGUCAUGUGGUCUGAUGAGACAAAAAUAUAGCUUUUUGGUCUAAACUCCACUCGCCGUGUUUGGAGGAAGAAGAAGGAUGAGUACAACCCCAAGAACACCAUCCCAACUGUGAAGCAUGGAGGUGGAAACAUCAUUCUUUGGGGAUGCUUUUCUGCAAAGGGGACAGGACGACUGCACCGUAUUGAGGGGAGGAUGGAUGGGGCCAUGUAUUGCGAGAUCUUGGCCAACAACCUUCCCUCAGUAAGAGCAUUGAAGAUGGGUCGUGGCUGGGUCUUCCAGCAUGACAACGACCCGAAACACACAGCCAGGGCAACUAAGGAGUGGCUCCGUAAGAAGCAUCUCAAGGUCCUGGAGUGGCCUAGCCAGUCUCCAGACCUGAACCCAAUAGAACAUUUUUGGAGGGAGCUGAAAGUCUGUAUUGCCCAGCGACAGCCCCGAAACCUGAAGGAUCUGGAGAAGGUCUGUAUGGAGGAGUGGGCCAAAAUCCCUGCUGCAGUGUGUGCAAACCUGGUCAAGACCUACAGGAAACGUAUGAUCUCUGUAAUUGCAAACAAAGGUUUCUGUACCAAAUAUUAAGUUCUGCUUUUCUGAUGUAUCAAAUACUUAUGUCAUGCAAUAAAAUGCAAAUUAAUUACUUAAAAAUCAUACAAUGUGAUUUUCUGGAUUUUUGUUUUAGAUUCCGUCUCUCACAGUUGAAGUGUACCUAUGAUAAAAAUGACAGACCUCUACAUGCUUUGUAAGUAGGAAAACCUGCAAAAUCGGCAGUGUAUCAAAUACUUGUUCUCCCCACUGUAUAACAAAAUCAAUGGGGGCCCCAUGCCAUAACAAGUUCUCCCUGAUUGUCUGGUUUUUAUUUUGGUGAUUGUUAGUUAUCAAAGAUGUUAUUAAAAUGUUUUAUAGCUUUUCUACAUACUUUAUAUUAGGCUUUAUUAAUUUAAGUGUACACUGAAAACGUUUUACUAUCAUGAUAAAUUAUUCAAAAAGACAAUUUAAAUCAUAUUUUUUGGAGAGUGGUGGCAAUGAUUUAGCAGCGGCUGCGAUAAACGUUUCACACAUCCCAGCGUGUUUUCCUCAUUGAACUAACCAGUAUGAAACUUGUGUUUUCUUGACAAAAGAAGGCAAGGGAAAAAAUAAACACUAUGGUGGAAUUGUGACAAAUCCAGUUACAACAUUUUGCAUAAAUUAUGAACCUGUAAAAUAUUUUUCUACUUCAGACUGUUGGGGGCCCUGUGUCGGUGUAUUUGCGACCCGCAGCUCAACUCGUCCUCCCAGGACAUCCGGCCGGCUGAGUCUCUGGGCCAGUUGUUGCUCUUCCACCUCAACUCCAAGUCUGCCCUGCAGCGCAUCGCUGUGGCCCUGGUCCUCUGUGAGUGGGCCGCCGUGCAGAAGGUAAGGCCCCAGUCUUUCGUUCGUCAGAUUGUUUUGUUUGUUCACCACAAUUCUGUCAGGAUUUAUUUUAGAGCGGCUUUUAUGGCCGGGAUUCAAACAAACACAAACUACCUGUGCAGGGCGAUUUUACUUUAAAUUUCUGCUUGAGCCGACGUCCAAGGUGUACUGUAGAUAGUCAACAUGAUAUCAGCAAACUGUAGUUUCAUUGAAUCCCGGCCAAUGUCAAAUGAAACCUUGCCUCCUCCCUCUCUCGCCCCAGGAGUGUCAGGUGGUGUCUGCCAUGGUCCAGCCUCGCCUGUUAGCCAUCCUGUCAGAGCAGCUGUACUAUGAUGAGAUCGCCAUUCCCUUCACACGCAUGCAGAACGAGUGUAAGCAGCUCAUCGCCCUGCUGGCCGACGCUCAGAUCGACGUGCGCGACCGCCUGAACUGCAGUGUGUUCACUAUCGACCAGGCCAACGAACUGGUGAGGACGACACCGACACUGUAUCUGUGUAGCAUCCCUAUGAGAUGAAAUGGCAGCCAAAUCAAUUACAUUGUGGAUUUAAAUUGUCUAUUUGUCAGAAGUCAUUUUUCUGCUCUUGCCAGUUCAGACCGCAUUUCUUUAUUGCCCGUUCCGGGAUUCGAUUCGUCGAUCCUCCGGCUACAGGUCCGCCUCGCUAACCUCUGGGCCACCUGCUGGCCACUUUCCAUCUCCCUGGUUCAGUCUAAGCUCAGUGGGGAUCAAGUUACUAUAACUUAUAAUAUUCGACAUGUUUGAUUUUACAGAACAUAACUGGGGCACCUUAUGCUCUCAUUUCGCAAAGUUAGAUUACUAUAGUGCUUUGUGCUGUCUCUGUGGUGUGUUCGCUUGUCUGGGAAGAAGGCCCUGUGCCCGUCUGCCACGGAAACAUAGGGGUGUGCUGAGACUUGUAGUGUACUAAUAUUGACUCUCUCUGGUCCUCUUCAACUGUCACUGUUCCUAUGCUGGGAGAAAAAAACUAUCCUAGCUUAGGAUGCUUAUACUAAGAGUAUUAGUCCCGUGUUUUUACCACGUUGGUUAAGUCUUCAUAGAUUCAUAACCUACAUUCUCAACACAGAUUUAAAUGCAGCAUUUAGCAGAAUACAUUUUGAGCUCUCUGAAGUCAUUACUCAUGUUUAUGAUUCAAUAUUUAAUGUUCUCCAGGGAUUGCAUUAGAUUUCAGAAACCUGCAUUUUCUAAACGUUAAUGCUACUAAACAUUCGGGAGAAUAUAGCUUUGUUUUCCUCAGAGGACAACAGAAGUGCUACGCUAUUUGGUUAGCAGCCACGCAUAAGUAAAUUGGCUAACAAUGAAAGAGCACGGUAUCUUUUGCAUAGACGAUGCAUGACCAUCAGCGUCAUUUCCUAAUGUUUUGCUUGAAGUUAAUCUUGCAUUUUAACUUGCUAAAACCACCGGAGAAAAGUAAACGUCAGUCAGAGCACUGUCUGCUGAUCAAGAGCACAUUUGUGAAUGCAGGAAUUUUAUUGGUUUGAAGACUAGCAAGAUUUUUCAUUCGAGUGGAAAAGUGCAACUUAUGGACUGAAGCGAGCAGAAAUAACAAUGAGAACCAUUUUUAGAUUUACAAAAUGCCUGCGUUAAAAAAACACAGCAAUAUAUUAUUUACUGUUUUAUCUUAUCUGCGUGAAAAACUCUGAAUUCUGUGUUAUUGGGACCUCUGGUUUUAAUCUGUUAUGUUGGAACAUUGGUAAUGGAAUGAUUGUUUUGUAAACAGAUCCAUUUGCCCUGAAUCUGUCGUUCUCUAUCUGUUCCAUUUCCCUAAACUCCAAAAUGGAAUUAAACUAUAGACCCUAUUGAGGUUAAUGGAGGCUAAACUCCAUUGUAUUGAACGAUGACAAACCUAGGAAUGUUAUUACUCACCUUCUCCAUCUUCUGCUAUUCCCUCCAUACAUAGGUGACCACCAUCUUCGCAGAGUCCACCGUGGGUCUGGAUAUGAAGUCCAAACAGUUUCAGCCACUGGACAGCAAGCGUCAGCAGGCCCAGUCCACGGUGGGCGAGACCGGUGUAGAGUGGCAGCAGCUGCACCUGCGUGUCCACAUGUUUACCGCCUGCGCCGUGGUCAACCUGCAGGUAGUCCGCACCAACGUCAUCUAAUACUGCUGACUGAUACUGGCAACUUGAUUUCUUUAUCGAUACUUUGCUUUCUGGAUAUCGACACCUAUUCAAAUUGUUUUAAAUAUUUUGUACUUUAAAACAUUACUGUGUUCAAAAUAUUAAGAACACCUGCUCUUUCCAUGACAGACUGACCAGGUGAGUCCAGGUGAAAGCUAUGAUCCCUUAUUGAUGUCACUUAAAUCCACUUCAAUCAGUGUAGUUUAAGGGGAGGAGACAAGUUAAAGAAGGAUUUUUAAGCCUUGAGACAUUGUGUAUGUUCGGCAUUCAGAGAGUGAAUGGGCAAGACCAAAGAUUUAAGUGCCUUUAAAUGGGGUAUGGUAGUAGGUACCAGGCGCACCGGGUUAUGUCAAGAAUUGCAACGCUGCUGGGUUUUUUCCCAUGCGAAAUGACUAAAAUGUAAAUAUAGAUUGGUCCACCACACAAAGGACAUCCAGCCAACUUGACACAACUGAGGGCAGCAUUGGAGUCAACAUGGGCCAGCAUCCCUGUGGAACGCUUUCGACACCUUGUAGAGUCCAUGCCCUGACGAAUUGAGGCUGUUCUGAGGGCAAAAGGGGGGGUGCACAACUCGAUAUUAGGAAAGUGUUCCUAAUGUUUGGUAUACUCGAGUGGCACAGCGUUCUAAGGCACUGCAUCUCAGUGCUUGAGGCGUCACUACAGACCCCCUGGUUCGAUUCCAGGCUGUAUCACAACCGGCUGUGAUUGGGAGUCCCAUAGGGCGGCGCACAAUUGGCCCAGCGUCGUCCGGGUUUGGCCGGUGUAGGCCGUCAUUGUAAAUAAGAAUUUGUUCUUAACUGACUUGCCUAGUUAAAUAAAGAUAAAAUAAAAAUACUCAGUGUAGAUUUACCAUUUUGUAAGUAUUUUUUCCCCCUCUGCUCACCUGUUUAGCCAAAGCAUUGUUUUGCAUUAUAUUCUUAAUUGAAGGCCUAUUUGGCAUUCCAGAUUAGGUCAUUGUCUCUAUUUGCUGUUUUAUUCAGUAUUCAUGUAUUUUUAAUCCUCAUUUACACUGAACAAAAAUAUAAACGCAACAUGUAAAGUGUUGGCCCCAUGUUUCAAGAGCUGAAAUAAAAAAUCCCAGAAAUGUGCUGAGGAGUAUUUCUAUCUGUAAUAAAGCCCUUUUGUGGGGGAAAAAGUCAUUCUGAUUGGCUGGGCCUGGCUCCCGCUGUGGGUGGGCCUAUGCCCUCCCAGGUCCACCCAUGGUUGCGCCCCUGCCCAGUCAUGUGAAAUCCAUAGAUUAGGGACUCAUUUAUUUAUUUCAGUUGAACUGAUUUCCUUAUAUGAACUGUAACUCAGUAAAAUAUUUGAAAUUGUUGCGUUUAUAUUUUUGUUCAGGAUAAAUGCAUAGUAUUAGUAUUGAUAUCAGCAAUAUUAGCCAGAGAAGUACAUGGUAUCAUAUGGAAACUGAAAUGUACAGCGUUAAAUCUGGGUUGUGUUCAUUAGGCACCAAACAGACUAAAACAGACUAUUUGGACUUGUCCAAGAAACAAACGCUCAUUUUCGUUUUCCCACAUCCCAACCUGCAGGCGCUACCAGACAAGCUGAACCCGGUGGUGCGUCCGCUGAUGGAGGCGGCUAAGCGGGAGGAGAACACCCUGGUUCAGGGCUACGCCGCCUCCUUCAUCGCCAAGCUGCUGCAGCAGUGUGCUGGUAGGCAGCCAUGUCCCAAUUCCAAGAUCGUCAAGAACCUGUGUUCGUCGGUCUGUGUGGACCCCCUGCUCACGCCCUCCGCGGCCUGCCCCGUGCCCCCCUCUCAGGAGACUGCUAGAGGUAUGGGAUGGGUUACACAACAAGGUUUUAAUCCUGGUUCGUGUUCAUUAGGGCACACCAUAGUGAAAUGUAGACCAAAACUGAGAAGAUCUUAUGGUCCCUCCCUGUUUCAGUCAGAUUUGUUCCGUUUGGUGCCUUAUGAACAUGACCCAGAUUAACACUAACGAGGUUGUGGCUGCCAGAAACAGAUUUGACAUAGAACCCUCUGACACUCACUCUGUUGUUCCUUUCUCUCUCACCCCUAGCUGGCAUGUCGGAGAAAGAAUGCAUGCACCACAUGGUCAAUAAGACUAAGGGCAUCAUCACCCUGUACCGCCACCAGAGGGCAGCAUUCGUCAUCACCAGCAAGAGGGGCCCCACCCCCAAAACCCCCAAGACCCCCACCACUGAACUGCCACCCGGCAGCACCAUCACCACAGACACUGAUGAGGUGGGUGACUGAGGGAGCAAACGUUUACCUGAACAUUUACCUGUGUAUUGACUGUUCUUGAUGAAGAUGGUUUAUUUUUGACCGUUUCAGAAUAAAAAGCCAUGUCUCGUCCAGAGAAGAGGGGCCGAGUUCUCCCUGAUAACGGUUGCCAGGCACUUUGGCCAGGAGCUGACGGGGUCACUGCCAUACCUCUGGGAGUCUGUGGUGGGACCUUUGAGGGCCGUGGUGGAGGACAACCAAGGCAUCGGUAUGCUACACUUCUCAUUAGAUCAUAUGGGUCAUGUUCAUUAGGGAUCACCGUAACUGAAAACAAUGUUUCUUAUUGGACAAGGAAAGGUAGCCCUUCCCAGUUUCAGUCCAUUUGGUGCGUAAUGAACAUUACCAAGAUGUAUUGCUAUUUGCUACCCACUGUCCACUUCUAGAUGGGCAUCUUCAUAUACCGCUUGUGUGUGUCGUCAACAAUGAAGAGAUAUUGAUGCAUUUCUGCUCUGUGGUGUUGUAGAUGGGAAGCUCCAGUUGGAGAGGGGGGAUGCUGCGGCCCAGGAGCUGGUCAACUCUCUGCAGGUGCUGGAGGUCACGGCUGGGGCCAUGGCCCCCGAGCUCAAACCUCUGGUAAGACAACAUGCAGGAGUCUCACUAGUAGAAACACCAACGCCCUAUCUACUAAACCCCAGUAAAAGAUUGACUUCUCAAAGCUCUCUUUCAUUUAAAGGGAAAUUACAAAACUUUCUCCAUGUUUUCAAACCUCAAAAGUAGUCGGUCGAGAUGAGUCCAAAUCCCUCACCAUCUGCUGUGUAGGUCCAACUAUAUGCCUCAAGCCCAAAUUAAUGGUGAAGAUGAGCACCGGUAUCUGGAAAUUACGUGGCGGUGUUUUGGAUAGUGGCAUGUACAUCACCUGCCACAAUCCAAAACACCUCCAUGUGGCCUGGUACGUGUGUUUAUCUCAACAGAGGACUUUGACAUGAAAACAUCAGACACUUUGAUUUUGGAGUGUAUUGUCUGUCUAGUAAGUUCUUCCCCUGUGUGUUUCAGUUGUUGGAGCACCUGCCCCACCUGUUCACCUGUCUGCAGCACCCGUACACGGCCGUGCGUCACAUGGCGGCGCGCUGCGUUGGCGUGCUCAGUAAGAUCGCUACCAUGGAGACCAUGAACCUGUUCCUGGAGCGCGUGCUGCCCUGGCUGGGGUGCAUCGAGGAUGGCACUAAGCAGGAGGGGGCCAUCGAGGCCAUGGCCUGUAUCCUUCAUACGAUGUCAGUCAGACAUGUUCCCAUGUAUGGGCUACCAACCAAUGUUUUUAUGUAAGAUAGAAAAAUGACAUGCCAUGGAGUAGACACUUUUAUCCAACAGUACAUUGAGUGCAUGAAUGAAUUUGUUGUAUAUGUGACCCCAGCGGGAAUCGAACCCAUAACCCCACAAGACCUGAUGUAACUGAAAGAAUGGGUGUAAUAAUGAAACCAGGGGAGUGGGUGUCGUGUGGUUGGUUGUCCUUGACCCCUUGACCCCCCCCAGGUGUGAUGGAGCAGUUGGAUGUGGACAUCGUGCCGUACAUUGUGCUGCUGGUGGUGCCGGUGCUGGGCCGCAUGAGUGACCCCAGUGACAGUGUCCGUUUCAUGGCCACGCAGUGCUUCGCCACCCUCAUCCGCCUGCUGCCACUUGAGGUAAACACACACACAACAAUACAGCACAGUCAGUAUAUUUUAAGGAGAUUUGUUUGAGCAAGUAGUUAUUUGGGUGUAGUUUAGUCUUUUUUGGGUGCCAGGUAAUUUGUAGAUCUGUGAUUCUGCGCAGUCCGACUGCAGUGUAGUCGAUUUCAAACACUCGCUAUAUCUGCCAUAUACAUGCUAUCUGCAGUGUUACUGCCUACUGUGCAAUAUGGUUAUUUGCCUUUUGCCCAGUAGAGGGCAGUAUCUCACUGUUUUCCUAUGCUGAAUAGCGGGGCUGUUUUAUGUGAUGGUCAUUUGGAGGGUGUGUGUGCUCUAAUGAAGUUGGGCAUUUUUUAUUGAUGGCGACAUUGACAUCUGUCAGCGGUUAAGUGUUGUCAGUUCAUUUGUUCACUUCAAUCAGAAAGAUUAAGUGGGAGUAAUGAAAUCGGCGCAUUGCAGAACCGGGACGGCUCAAUGUCAGCCAAAUUACCUCCCAGACGGAGACACGCACAGUUGACUCCCAUAUAAAACAUUUAGGAGGCUUGGCUUUUGCAGCUGGUAAUGUUUGUUUGGAUGUCUUACACCCUUUUCACACUAUCAUGCAAACCCCAAUUGUAUUGAGCUCAGAUAUUUUAUUUUCUCAUUAUUUCCAGCAAGGUUCCAGCAACUAUGGUGGAUGUGAAACCAGGCCAGCAAAGUACAGCUGGGCUUGGUUCAGCUUAGUGAUGUGAAAAGGGUAGGAGUUUUGAGUCUGAACUUUUUAUUUUUUCAGGCGGGUAUCCCGGAUCCUCCCACCAUGUCGGAUGAUCUGAUUCGCCAGAAGGCCAGAGAGCGUCACUUCAUGGAGCAGCUGCUGGACAGCAGGAAGUUGGAGAACUACAAGAUCCCUGUGCCCAUCAAGGCUGAGCUCCGCAAGUAUCAGCAGGUGUGUGUUUACAUGGCCUUUUUUUUUCUUUGUGCAUUUACAUUUUGUGGGUGUUAGAAUUCUACCAACAAUUGGUCGGGCCGAUAUUUUUCGGCCGAUAUUAGCCCUUUCAUAGUCUUAUCGGCUAACAGUCCUUGGCUAUAGGUGCAGCCGAUAUCCCCUUUAUAGCGCGAGCGCACUGUGCCUCUUGUGUCAAACUGCUGCAAGCUACAGCCGGCACAACUCACUCAUUGCUACUAAGCCUUUCAUCGAGGAACCUAUAGGCUGGAUCUUGCUACCCACUCAUGCUGCACAUAAUUUAUCACACUUCAAUAAUGCAGAAAUGUUGAACUCUAAAUUAAUUUACAGUUCGGAAAAGCAAUGUCCAUACAGGCUAGAGCACUUCACAAAGAAAGAUACCGUUAGCUAGCUAGUAGCUAGCAAAAUAACAUUCAGCAUUCACAUAAAGCUAACUUUGCUAGCUAGCUUACAGCUAAAGUAGGGAUGCAAAUAUCAGUCAAUUUUGCAGCCGACAAACCAUCCUCCAUUAAUCGGUUAACAAACGGUUACAUUCGUUCCAAACAGUAAAAUGAGGUGAACAACAAAGUACUAUGCAUGGGUAGGGUGUUAGGAGGGUAAAAUAGCAUUGCUGAACUGAGCAUACCAAAUGAUACAACUCUCAGAAGCACAGUGCACUUUGUUUAAUAUCUGUGGGCAUUACCAUUGCUGAGAUAUUAAAAUUUGUGUAACCAAAUUCUGGGUCGAAAGGUCGCAGGCGAUAAUGCACCGGUCAAUGGCAAAGCCUUUUCCAAAAAUGGCACCAAAAUGACACCGGUAGAUUCAGAUUAACAUACAGAAACUAAAAUAUCUCAAGAUAGGAAAGUCCUAUCAACAUGACAUUUUCAGGGGUUAUAAAUAUUAUGAGCAUGUUAAAAUUAAAUAUGUACAGUGCAUUCGGAAAGUAUUCAGACCCCUUGACUAUUUCCACAUUGUUACGUUACAACUUUAUUCUAAAAUUGAUUCAAUAGUUUUUUUCCCUAAUUACCUACACACAAUACCCCAUAAUGACAAAGCAAAAACAGGUUUUUAGACAUUUAUGAAAAACGUAAAUAUCAUAUUUACGUAAGUAUUCAGACCCUUUACUCAGUACUUUGUUGAAGCACCUUUGGCAGCGAUUACAGCCUCGAGUCUUCUUGGGUAUGACACUACAAGCUUGGCACACCUGUAUUUGGGGAGUUUCUCCCAUUCUUCUCUGCAGAUCCUCUCAAGCUCUGUCAGGUUGGAUGGGGAGCGUCGCUGCGCAGCUAUUUUCAGGUCUCUCCAGAAAUGUUCGAUCGGGUUCAAGGACAUUCAGAGACUUGUCCCGAAGCCACUCCUGUGUUAUCUUGGCUGUGUGCUUAGGGGCGUUGUCCUUCGCUCCAGUCUGAGGUCCUGAGCGCUCUGGAGCAGGUUUUCAUCAAGGAUCUGUCUGUACUUUGCUCCGUUCAUCUUUCCCUCGAUCCUGACUAGUCUCCCAGUCCCUGCCGCUGAAUAACAUCCCCACAGCCAGAUGCUGCCUCCACCAUGCUUCACCAUAGGGAUGGUGCCAGGUUUCCUCCAGAUGUGACGCUUGGCAUUCAGGCCAAAGAGUUAAAUAUGUGUUUCAUCAGACCAGAGAAUCUUGUUUCUCAUGGUCUGAGUCCUUUAGGCGCCUUUUGGCAAACUGCAAGCGGGCUGUCAUGUGCCUUUUACUGAGGAGUGGCUUCCAUCUGGCCACUCUACCAUGAAGGCUUGAUUGGUGGUGCUGCAGAGAUGGUUGUCCAUCUGGAAGAUUUUCCCAUCUCCACAGAGAAACUCUGGAGCCAUCGGGUUCUUGGUCACCUCCCAGACCAAGGCCCUUCUCCCCCAAUUGCUCAGAUUGUCCGGGCAGCCAGCUCUAGGAAGAGUCUUGGUGCUUCCAAACUUCUUCCAUUUAAGAAUGGAGGCCACUGUGUUCUUGGACCUUCAAUGCUGCAGACAUUUUUUGGUAGCCUUCCCCAGAUCUGUGCCUCGACACAAUCCUGUCUCUGAGCUCUUUGGACAAUUCCUUCGAACUCAUGGCUUGGUUUUUGCUCUGACAUGCACUGUCAACUGUGGGACCUUUAUAUAGACAGGUGUGUGCCUUUCCAAAUCAUGUCCAAUCAAUUGAAUUUGCCACAGGUGGACUCCAAUCAAGUUGUAGAAACAUCUCAAGGAUGAUCAAUGGAAACAGGAUGCACCUGAGCUCAAUUUCUCAUAGCAAUGGGUCUGAAUACUUGUGCAAAAAUUUCUAAAAACCAGUUCACUUUGUCAUUAUGGGGUAUUGUGUGUAGAUUGAGGGAAGUAUUUAAUCAAUUUUAGAAUAAGGCUGUAAAAUGUGGAAAAAGUCAAUGGGUCUGAGUACUUUCCGAAUGCACUGUAUACAUACCGGGAAACUUCAAUUAAACACAAAUAGCCACCUGUUUCUUUUUAGUAGCCUGGCAAUAGCACACAUUUCAGCAAAUAAACACCUGUUUUAAAUAAACGCCCUGUCUAAAUUAAAUGUUGAUUAGGUUACCAUUAAUUGUUUACAAGGUUGAAUGUUUAAUUUGUUACAUUACAUAAUUCAGUAGUGACUUGGAAUAGUUAUGGCAAUCAGCCAUUUUUAUCAGCAGUAAGUAACUGUUAGCUUUUGGCUGCUAGCUAACUGGCAAGCACAAAAACACAACUUCGGGAAUACAGACCCCAAGAAAUCGUCUGAUCGCCAUCUAGUGGUGAAAGUAAGAACUGACAAAUGCACAGUCAGGAUAAUUAUUCUGUCUUUUUUUUUUUUUUUUUUUAAAGCAUACUAAGACAAAAAAAAAAAUGUGACCGUGUGUAAAUCAUUACACAUUAGUGCAGGAAAUGAAGAAAUUGAUUAAAAUGCUGGUAGUGAAUGCUGGAAAUAAACAAUUAACUAUGCAAAUGAACAAAAGCUGUGUACAUUAAGGAAAUAUAGAAGUCUGUCUAUAGAAAGCGCCUGUUGUGUCCAGUGAUUGAAGCAAAUUAAAGCCUGGGCUAUUAAUUGAAGUUUUACGGUAUGCACAUGUAUACAUUUCAUGUUGCAUGCAAUAAAUCAUUGACCAAUUAGUAUUUUUCCACUUAAGUUAUUUAUUUUGACCUACUAAUGCAAUUAGUCACACACAUAUGCUACAGUACUAACCAGAGGUCAUACCUUUAGGGUUUUAGUGUGCUUGUAACAGAAACGGUAAUUUGACUCAACGUCUUAUUUUUCUUCUGCCCACCUGCUCUAAAACUGUGUGCGGUGGCUAACCUUCCUGAUAGCUACUCUAGCAAAGGUGAUAUUGUAAGAUUGCAUGAAAUCUUGACCGCAGCAUAGCAAAAUGUUCCCAAGAAUCUGAUCUAUAUGGUCAAACAGUGUAGAUAAAAGCUUGCUUCCUUCUCACUCAAGCAUUUUUUUUUUAGCUUUCUCUACAAACCUCCUUCGACGUCAGUCAACUUGUAUACUUCGAGUUGGUACUUAACUCGUUUAUGAUUGGACAAGAUAACACCUCCCAAAAUGGACGAAUGUGAAAGCAGUAUUUUCAGGAGAACGCGAAAAGUGGUUGUCAGAAGAAGCGUAAAACCGCUCUGGCCCCACUGAUGGAGCAAUUGACAUUUACACAUUAUUCAUAACAUAUUAAGGAAGAUUUACAUUUAUUUAAAUUCACAGUUGAUCAAAAUAUGAUUUAUAAAGUGAGCACCAGAGUGAAACAGCAGCAUUCUCAGUCAAGAUUGUCACGUGACCUAACACCCGAGCAUGGGUACAAGGAAUGGAAAUUAAGAGCUUUAAAAACAUGGACAAUAGGAAGCCGAUCGUCUCAUAUUAUUGAACGUACAACUUCUGUAAGGAAGCAGACCAUGUAAAGAUGGUUUCAUGUGACAGAGAUGAAUAUCUCUGUUAAUGUAGAAAGAGGGGAAAUCUAAAUAUGCAACAACUAGACUGCUUCUCCUUUCUGUCUCUGCUCCAUUGCUCCCUGCUCUGGCUGCUUCAGCCUGUCUGAGUUGCCUAGCAACAAGUUUCUGCUCGCAGCGCGCUCUGACUAGAGACUGAGCAUUAGUUGACGUUACGCAAGCUACUUUCUAACUCAAACUCACUGUACAUUACAAUUUUAGUCAAAAUAAUAAUUCUGGUCGUAUCCAACACUGUUCCAGUUUUUUGAGUGACGAGAUUUGUUAUAUUCUGACACGAUUUAAUUCCACAAAAUUAUACAAAUGAACCUAUAGACCGAUAAUUUUGUGGGGACUAACGGUUAAUCCUUAAGUCUAUUGACGCACCUGUUUAACAUGAUAAUAAAAAAAUCCCCAUCAAAAUCCGUCAGUUUUAAGCUAGAGAUAUAUAUUUGAGCUAGGGAUGUCGGCCUUCCACAUCUGCGAUGGAAGGUGGCAGAACUACAGCAGUGUUUGUCAGACCAUGAGACAUCCCGAAAAUUAGUCUUCUCACAAACUGUAGUGUCCGAACGGUUUGACUCUAUGGAAAGGGGGGACUCUCACAAACAUCAUGGGGUUCUCUGUUUUGCUCUACGACCCCCACAAGUGUCACAGGACUCGUCUGAAGGUAACCCAUACAAACGGAUGGAAGUAGUUCUGUGCCAACAAAAAUAAGGGGUUAAAUAUGUGUCCAAAAAACUAAAAUAUUUCCUGAGCUCUCUUAUAUCUCCUAGAUAUAGAACAGACGCUUAAAUCGCAUUCCUUAUGAGUUAUUUUGACUAUUUUAUGCCAUUUAGGAAUGUGUUAUUCAAUGCGUUUCUAUGGGCUAUAGUAGUAGGCCAAAUUCAAUAUUUUAUUUAAAAUAUAUAUAAUUUUUUUUAUACCUGAAGGGGUCAUUAAAAUUCAAAGUCAAAUAGCUAAAGGAUCCAUGGUAUAACCAUCUUAAAACAAUUCAAUUUCUUUACCAGAAAGUCAGUGUUUCUGCACAGACCCUUUUAAGCGCAACACACAACGAGCUCUGCUGUGCGGUUGUCACUAGUUACCACAAGCACAAAGUAAUAAUUAUGGCUUAUCCACAGAUAGAACAAUGAGACCGAUAUUUCACCGAUAUUUGUACACGUGCACUUCACGGAGGAGGUGUUCCCUAACGGAAAUAUGCAGAUGCAUGCUAGAACGCACCAAUAGGAUCUCGCUAGCUCGUGCUUGGCUCUGCCAACCUCCUUGCUUGUUCUGCCCACUAUGACUCAUUUGUUCCAAUUGGAAACGACAGGCUGUGGUAUAUCUUGGUUUAGUUAUAUAUAUUUUUUGGCUAUUUCUAUAAUUUCUUAAUCUGAUUUUAACCCUAACCUUAACCACACUGCUAACAUUAUGCCUAACCCUAAACUUAAAUUAAGACCAAAAAGGGAUUUUUUGUUUUCAUGAAUUUUUACUAUAUAGCCAAUUUUGACUUUGUGGCUGUGGUAACUAGUGACAACCCUGCUGUGCAGUGUGCUCUCGGUCUCAGCAGCUAGCAGCUGUGUAGAGCAGUCUCUCUUGUGGUGCUUAAACAACCAUUAUGCGUGUAGCUUUGAGCAACAAUUUUGAAGGAAAACGUACAUAAAGUUCAACCAUAAACACAUUUCCAGGGCGUUUCUUUAGAUAACAGCAAAAACAUCAUUUGCACAGAAGGAGCUAGCUAGUUAUGCUAACAUUAGCUAGCAGCUAGCUAACCAAACAAGAAUGUUUACAAUGCCAUGGCUGAAUGCCUCUUGGUUAAACUCUAAUCAAGAGGCAUUCAGCAGCGGUAGAUUAGGGUUGGAGUGAAAAUCUACAGAACAGUAGCUCUCCAGGAACAGGGUUGGAAAGCAUGUGUGACAUCCACUGCUCCUCAGAUAUGCUCCAGGACUAAAGGAUGAGGGAUGGCCUUGUCUCUAACUAGUUAAAGAGCUCUGCAAGCAAUUCAGCACUUUCCACUUCAUCUUCGGUCUCAUUGUCUUCUGCCAGCCUCUACAAAUAGGGUUUGCUUUAAAUGUUGCAGGGAGGGCGGCUGCUGCUGACAAAUGGCUUUAGGACAGAACACAUUUUAAAGUGGUGAAAUGGAUGGGCUAUGUCCCCAACCUCCAUCUCUCUCUAAUGGAAAAGUGAUUUGUAGAUCAGUGAUUCUGCCUGCGAUGUAGUCAUACGCAAAAUAUCAGCACAGUGACAAUGUUUGUGUAUGAAUCCUUUCACUCAUCACUUCACAAGGUGUGGCAUAAAAUGCAGUGCAACAGCUCAUUUGCAUCACAUCAUUGUCCCUCUCUGCCAGAGCUAGUAUGUAAAAUGUUUGACAAGGUUAUUAAAAUGAAUAAUUUGAUGGACCGUUUCAAUAACUUUGAUCUUUCCAGGACGGAGUGAACUGGCUGUCCUUCCUGAACAAGUACAAGCUGCAUGGUAUCCUGUGUGACGACAUGGGCCUGGGCAAGACCCUGCAGUCCAUCUGCAUCCUUGCUGGGGACCACUACCUCAGGUACUUAACUGCAUGACCACACACACUGGUCGUGUUCCAGGCCGACUAUAUUGCAGUUGCGCUGUUUGCAUCAUCCAAUGGUUGCAUGCCAUGUCAUCGACUGCAGUCGAGCAUCAGAUUGCUAUAGCAUAUGUGGCUACCAGACGUCCUCAGAGCACGCAACAGAACGGUCUACAGUCUACACUCGGUUCAUUUUUUAUCAAAUCGUUUUCAUUAAAUAUUUCUUUAUCCUAGUUAUUUUUUAUUAUUGGAUUCUGCAAUGCGUUUAGCCUUUACGACUGGGACUGCAAGUUUGCGUCCCAGAUUCCUCUUAAGUAGCAGUUAGCUGCUAGCCGUCAUGAAAACAGAGCAGGCUAACGCUAGCAGUGCAAGCCCACUGGUGUUUUUUCCCAGGGCUGGUCACAAAUGCUUUAGGUGUUUUGAUGAUUUCCACACAAUCACAAGAUUGUGGAACUGAAAAAUGGACAGGGAUUUGUCUGCCCUAAAUGCACCACCAUCAAGCAGCUUAGGGAAGAGAUCCUCUGGCUAUGAGAAAAGGAUGACCUAUUUUCUAAGUACACCGACCUUACUGUAGCCCAGGCAAACCGAAUCUGUUUUAAAUGCCUAUAGCAAAGCUGUCGUUGAGUCGGGCAGCGUUGAUCUGUCCCAAUCCAACGGACAGAUGUUAAGCUCAACUCCGCGGCCCAUGGGCGACUGGAUCUCGCAAGGCGUAGGAGAUCGGGGAGGCAGUCUGGCCACCCUUCAUCUAUCCGAGAAGAUCCGAUUCAGCUAUCAAACAGCUUUGCCCCGCUUGAGACAGUUCUACCAGCCCCGGGAGUCAGCACGGAUCAUGGGAAUAUACCAACAGCCAGUGGCCGCCCAGUGGCACCCUCCCACAUGGCCACCACAGUUCAGCAGGUUGCUGACCCAAGACGACAGAAGGGUCUCGGGCCAGCCACCACAUUCCUGGGAUUUCCGACGCAAUCCGCUGUUGCUGGUGCGAAGAAUCAGGCUAGCCUGGCUCGAAGUCUCCAUCCCCCCUGCCUAAGGCAGUCCCAUCCCACUCCCCCUCUUCCUUAACCAUCGGAUUCCAUCACGACCAUCAUCAUUGUGGGCAGCUCGACGGUGAGAGAUUUUGGCCUGCCUACAGUCUGUGGACCAACCCAAAGACCAUUGUCACCCAGGAGCCUGUUUCCAUAACAUUAACUCCCUCCUGCCUACGGUUCUGGCCAACUACGCUGUUAUUCGACAUCAUCGUCACUCGCAUAGGUUUUAAUUACCUUCGUUUAGGCUAUCUGAGGGAGUACUACAAAAUAAAUUGUAACACCCUCGCUAGCACAGGGAAGAGAAUAAUUAAUUCUGGCCCCCUCCCGUUCUAUCGAAGGGGUUCGGAGCGUUUCAGCCGACUCGUUGCCCUAAAUGAGUACCUGAAGAAACUUUGCAAGGACAGGAAUGUCUCCUUUUGUGACAACUUUGAUUUGCUGUGGGAGCAACAAGCACUUUUAAAAGACUGGAUUCACCCUAACCGCAGGGGUUAUAGGAUUAUUUCCAGCAAUAUCGCGAACUGUUUUAGACUGACGGACAGGGUCUGGUAGUACUCCAGUCCUCCCUGUCAGAAUAAACAACAGAGGACUUGGAAACCAUAUCAACUCCUAUAGAAAUGGCACUAUGGUUAUUGUGAGUAACCUAAUUUAUGUUCCUCUAACGCUGCCUUCUAGUGAGUUUAUACAAACUGUCAUCUCCUACCAUUCUGAUAAAUUGGAGACUGUCAGAAAACCUGGUUGUAACGUUAAUCAUUUGGUGGUUGUUCCAUUGGUUACCUCGAGGCUGAUGCCCCAGGGGCAGAGAGGCCCACACUCAUUGAAUAUGCCUCUUUUAAAUGUUAGAGCAAUCACUAGUAAAACCUUUCUCGUGAAUGACCUCAUUACAGAGCACAAAGUUGAUUGCAUGUUUUUGGGCCCCGUGUAGCUCAGUUGGUAGAGCAUGGCGCUUGCAACGCCAGGGUUGUGCGUUCGAUUCCCACGGGGGGCCAGUAUGAAAAAUAUAUAUUUUAAAAACUGUAUGCACUCACUUAACUGUAAGGAUAAGAGCGUCUGCUAAAUGACUAAAAUGUAAAUGUUUCUCACUGAAACAUGGCUGCUUCAGAUUGUAGUGCUACUCUUACUGAAGCCCCCCCCCCCCGACUACAGCUUUUCAUACUCUAUCAGAAAAGGGGGAAAGGGUGGGGUGACAGCCUCUAUUUUUACUAAUGCUCUCAGCUGUAAAGACAUGUCGUUUGGCGACUAAGUAUUUUGAGCAUCAUGCUCUGCUGUUUAAAUGUCAGCCACCAGUGCUGGCUAUAAGCCUGCAUUGGCCAUCAAAGCACUGCCCCACUUUAUUUACUGAUUUCUUUGAACUAUAGUCUAUUGUCCUUGAACUAUGAUCAAAUCAUUGUUGGGUGAUUUUAAUAUUCAUGUUGACAGAGGCUGACUCCAAGGCAAUUGAAUUGAUGAAUCUUUUGAGCUCUAUGGACUUUAUCCUCUGAAGUGGUCCUCUGUAGCUCAAUUGGUAGAGCAUGGUGCUUGUAACGCCAGGGUAGUUGGGUUCGAUCCCCGGGACCACCCAUACGUAAAAAUGUAUGCACAUAUGACUAAGUCGCUUUGGAUAAAAGCGUCUGCUAAAUGGCUUAUUAUUAUUAUUAUCCAACAUGCUACUGGACCCACCCAUAACCGUGGCCAUACUCUGGACAUGGUUAUUACCAAGAGGCUUUCUAUUGACAUAUCCUCUAUUGUUGAUGUUGCUUUAUCUGAUCACCACUGUGUAUUUUUUACUGCCUUGUUGCCCCUUACACUGCCCAGUAAUACUGAAUACCUUAUUAAGAAACGCUAUCUUACCUCUGAAGUUGCUACAGAUUUUGUGUGUAUGAACAAUACACCAUCACCUAUUCUGCUUUCCUCUUGUGGUGAUUUAGUUAACUUUAAUAGCAAAUGAAGGGCAACCAUUGAUGCCAUAGCUCCAGUAAGGUUGAAAAAGGGCACAUCCAAACAGAGAGCCCAUUGGAUGAGUGAGGAAACUAAUCAAUGAAUAAGAAAUUGCAGAGCGGAAGUGGAGAAAGUCAAAGUUUCUGUUCAAUUAUGAUAUUCUGAGAGUGCAACUUGGCAUAUAUACCAAGGCAAUUAGAAAUGCCAGACGGGUACAUUUUUCUAACUUGAUCACUAAUAAUCAGAAUAAUUUGAGUGUUCUUCUCUACCAUUGAUGGCCUGAUAAAUCCUACCCCCGCAAGUCUCUGAACUUUCCUCCACAUCUUAAGUGUGAUGAGUUUGAGAUAAGAUCACAAACAUUAGGCUGGGUAUCAGUCAAGCAAGACCUGAUGAGUUUUGAUAUACAGUGCAUUCGGAAAGUAUUCAGAUCCCUUGACCUCUUUAACAUUUUGUUACGUUACAGCCUUAUUCUAAAAUAGAUCAAGUUGUUUUUUUCCCCUCAUGAAUCUACACACGAUACCCCAUAAUAACAAAGCAAAAACAGUUUUUAAAAUGUUUUUGCAAAUGUAAAAAUAAGUCAAAUGAAAAUACAUUUACAUAAGUAUUCAGACCCUUUACUCAAUACUUUGUUGAAGCACCUUUGGCAGCGACGACAGCCUCGAGUUGUCUUUGGUAUGACGCUACAAGCUUGCCACACCUGUAUUUGGGGAGUUUCUCCCAUUCUUCUCUGCAGAGCCUCUCAAGCUCUGUCAGGUUGGAUGGGGAGCGUCGCUGCACAGCUAUUUUGUGGUCUCUCCAGAGAUGUUAGAUUGGGUUCAGGUCCGGGCUCUGGCUGGGCCACUCAAGGACAUUGAGACUUGUCCCGAAGCCACUCCUGCAGUGUCUUUGCUGUGUGCUUAGGGUCAUUGUCCUGUUGGAAGGUGGACCUUCGCCCCAGUCUGAUGUCCUGAGCGCUCUGGAGCAGGUUUUCAUCAAGGAUCUCUCUGUACUUUGCUUCGCUCAUCUUUGCCUCGAUCCUGACUAGUCUCCCUGCCGCUGAAAAACAUCCCCACAGCAUGAUGCUGCCACCACCAUGCUUCACCGUAGGGAUGGUUCCAGAUUUCCUCCAGACGUGACACUUGGCAUUCAGGCCAAAGGGUUCAAUCUUGGUUUCAUCAGACCAGAAAAUCCUGUUUCUCAGGGUCAGAGUCCUUUAGGUGCCUUUUGGCAAACUCCAAGAGGGCUGUCAUGUGCCUUUUUACUGGGCAGUGGCUUCAGUCUGGCCACUCUACCAUAAAGGCCUGAUUGGUGGAGUGCUGCAGAGAUGGUUGUCCUUCUGGAAGGUUCUCCCAUCUCCACAGAGGAGCUCUGUCAGAGUGGCCAUCCGGUUCUUGGUCACUUCCCUGACCAAGGCCCUUCUCCCCCGAUUGUUCAGUUUGGCCGGGCGGCCAGCUCUAGGAAGAGUCUUGGUGGUUCCAAACGUCUUCCAUUUAAGAAUGAUGGAGGCCACUGUUCUUGGGGACCUUCAAUGCUGCAGACAUUUUUUGGUACCGUUCCCCAGAUCUGUGCCUCGACACAAUCCUGUCUCGGAGCUCUACAGACAAUUCCUUCGACCUCAUGGCUUGGUUUUUGCUCUGACAUGCACUGUCAACUGUGGGACCUUAUAUAGACAAGUGUGUGCCUUUCCAAAUCAUGUCCAAUCAAUUGAAUUUACCACAGGUGGACUCCAAUCAAGUUGUAGAAACAUCUCAAGGAUGAUCAAUGGAAACAGGGUGCACCUGAGCUCAAUUUCGAGUCUCAUAGCAAAGGGUCUGAAUACUUAUGUAAAUAAGGUAUUUCUGUUGUUUUUUUUGUGUAUGUAUAUAUAUUACACACACUUGCAAACAUUUCUAAACCUGUUUUCGCUUUGUCAUUAUGGGGUCUUGUGUGUAGAUUGAUACAAAUAAAUAAUUUAAUACAUUUUAGAAUAAUGUAACGUAAGAUAAUGUGGAAAAAGUUAAGGUCUGAAUACUUUCUGAAUGCACUGUAUGUUACCCCUUAGCAACGUUAUCAGAAAGCACAGCAUUGCUUUCCACUGCUACGCAGACGAUACACAAAUUUACGUUUCUGUGGAUUUUAGCUCCAUAGAUAAAUUAUUAGACUGUAUUGGUGAUUUUAAAUGGCUCACAACCUCCUCCAGCUAAAUCAAGACAAUACCGAGGCACUUAUUCUUGGAGCCAAAGCAUAGAGAGAGAAUCUGGCCGCACAUUCUAAUUCAGGACAGUAAAGGUAAAAAACCUAGGUGUAACUUUAGAUUCUGAACUCUAUUUCAAAUCACACGUGUGUGACCAAGAUAGCUUUUUACCACCUGAGGAACAUUGCCAAGUUGCGGCCGUUUCUCUCUCAGGCUGAUACAGAGAGACUCAUCCAUGCUUUUAUUACAAGCAGGCUUUAUUACUAUAAUGCUCUCCUGUCUGGUCUACCCAAGAAAGCCAUUGGUCAACUGCAAAACAUACAGAAAGUUGCAGCACCGGUACUGACCAAGACCAGAUGGAGAGCACACAUUACACCGGUUUUAAUGUGUCUGCACUGGCUGCCUGUAGGUUUUAGAAUAAAUUAAGAUUCUUCUAUUGGUUUUUAAAUCAAUCCACAUUUGUGGAACCCCAAUACAUGUCAGACAUGCUUUUUAGUUAUGUACCCAGUAGGUCCCUCAGGUCCUCUGGCACUGGCCUUUUAACUAUCCCAAAGCCAAGGGCAUGGAGAGGCAGCCUUUAGUUACUAUGCCCCUAGCCUUUGGAAUAGUCUGCCAGAGAACCUGAGGGGGUCAGAAACUGUGGACAUAUUUAAAAGGCAUCUUAAAACGCACCUUUUUAGCGCUGCUUUUCCUUAAGGUGGUUUUUAGUCUUUCAUUAAAAAAAGGUGUAUGUAGUAAAUAGUUAUGUUUUCCCUUUGUUUUUCUGUGAAGCGCGUUGCAUCCAUGCCUGAAAUGUGCUAUAUAAAUAAAGCUUGAUUGGAUUAAAUACCUAUCCAGGCAUUGUGAAAUCUGGCAGGCAACUGCAAUGUAGUCGUCCUGGAACGUGUCCACUGUUUUGACUUUAAACUAUACACCGUCAGCACAUCUGUUGUUUAAGGAGUUAUAUUAAUUGUGUGCAGGGCGCAGGAGUAUGCCAAGACCAAGGCAGCAGACAGCACCCCCCUGCCCUCUCUGGUGGUGUGCCCCCCCACCCUGACGGGCCACUGGGUGGACGAGGUGGGCAAGUUCUGCACCAAAGAAUACCUGAACCCCCUGCACUACACAGGACCCCCCAACGAGCGAGCACGGUAAGACCCCUAGACUGACCCUUACCCACCCAAACAUACACGUUAUUCCACCACAGAGAGAUUGCGUAGGAGAACACAGCAUCAUUUGUUUAAAUUAUUAUGAGGUUAAAAUAAUACAUGAAUUCUUGUUUUUUUCUAUUGCAGGUUACAGCAUCAAGUGAAAAAGCACAACCUAAUAGUUGCCUCGUACGAUGUUGUACGAAACGACAUUGACUUUUUUAGGUGAUUAUUAAAAAAAAAGAAAUGUGUGUUUUCUCCAUCUCCAUCUCAUUUGGAAUAGUGGAUGUCAUUUUAUAAAUAAUAUAUUUAAUUUUCAGGAAUGUAAAAUUCAACUACUGUAUCCUUGACGAGGGCCAUGUGAUCAAGAAUGGGAAGACCAAGCUCUCCAAGGCCAUCAAGCAAUUGGCAGCCAACUUCCGAGUCAUCCUAUCAGGAACGCCCAUCCAGGUGGGGGCAUUUUCUUCAGCCGAUAAGGAGCCUUUUUUCCUGAGUGAAACUUUGUACAUUUUAGUCCGUAAAAAAAUUAGCAAAAGCAUCUGCAGUGGAAAUGCAUCUGUUGCAGUGUGUGUGUUUUGUUUUGACACUUUUGUACUAAACUUUAAUGUAAGACCAUGAUCCUCUUGAGCAUGUUAAUGUUCUGUGCUCACUGCAUCAAAUCAAUGUUGCCUAAUCAUUUAUCUGUUCUGGCCUAAUGAUUCGUUCCUCCACUCUGUGGGGCGGUUGGCAGUAUUGUCUUUACAUUGAUGGGUGUAUUAGUGGAUGAAAUGAAAUAAGGACAUUAUGCCAAGCCUGUGACAUUAAUGGUGACGUACUUAAGAUUCAGUGAAUGCCUAUUGUCCAGUCUGCCGCUGUAGACUUCUUUUUAUAGAUGAGUUCAGUCCAAGCUGUCAGACUACUUCCAAGUCGCAGCAUUUAUUUCAGUCUAACACAACUCUCUCACUUUCUUUCUCUCCCUCUACCACCUCUCCUCAGAAUAAUGUUCUGGAGCUGUGGUCGCUCUUUGACUUCCUCAUGCCCGGCUUCCUGGGCACAGAGCGCCAGUUUGCUGCCCGCUACGGCAAGCCCAUCCUGGCCAGCCGUGACGCCAAGAGCUCGUCACGCGAGCAAGAGGCCGGUAAGAUCGGAUUGUCCUCUGUUCUGAUGUUGGUGUAGUCACCAGCCACGAGGGCCUAACAAUGAGUGCACGGAAGCUGGGUCUUGUUCAUUUGGCACUAGGGUUGUGACAAUAUCAGUCUGACGAUAUUGCGACACUUGAUUUUUCAUGGCAAAAAAAAUAAAUACAACAAUCUGACGGUGUUUUUGUUUCUGGUGGCUGACGGUGUUGCGCUCCUCCACUCCAGGGGUGCUGGCCAUGGAGGCGCUGCAUCGCCAGGUGCUGCCUUUCCUCUUGAGGAGAAUGAAGAAGGACGUGCUGCAGGACCUGCCCCCCAAGAUCAUCCAGGACUACUACUGCAACCUCAGCCCUCUACAGGUACACCAUGGAGGACCCACCUCUGAAACACUGUUAUAUAACGUCAUGUAGAUGGCCUUUUAAUAUGAAGAGGACAGCAUUAGCUUAUGUCUUGUGAUGGCCUACCCUGGGUUUAUUCCAAUAUCUAGUCACCAUAUCAAGUAAAUCUGAGGCUGCUGCAACAAAUGUUCAUGUUACAAUCCAUGAAAUGAAAGCCUGAUCUGUGUGCGAUUUUGCGAUUGACUACAUUGCAGACAGAAAUCACUGAUCUACAAAUCACAUAAUAACUACUCAUAUGAUUUAAGAUGAGCAAUUCUGCGCCUUACCUUGCUCAAACUGAUCCCCUCAAACACACGUGUCGCUCUCUCUCUCCCUCUCUGUCUGCAGGUUCAGCUGUAUGAGGACUUUGCCAAGUCCCGGGCCAAGGUCAGUGUGGAGGACACCAUCUCUACAGCCUCCAUCCACGAGGAGGAGAAGCCCAAGUUGAAGGCCACGGGCCACGUGUUCCAGGUACACACACACACACACACACACACACACACACACGUCAAUGUAUGUAACUGCUUUCUUUUUAGUUUUGGGAUUGUCUCUGGGGCCUUUUUUGCCACUUUUCUCACAUGUGACCUGCAUCGAAACAAUAUGUCAUGCAUGAUCCGGUUGAUAUGGUAUAUCUAGAGGGCGGCAGGUAGCCUAGCGGUUAGUGUUGGGUCAGUGACCGAAAGGUUGCUAGUUCGAAUUCCAGAGCCGACAAGGGGGAAAAUCUGUCUGUGCACUUGAGCAAGGAACUUAACCAUCAUUUCUCCAGGGUCGCCGUUGAUAAUGGCAGACUCUGACCGUGACCCCACUCUCCGAGGGUGUCUCGGGGGAAUAAUCUAAGCUUGAUGAUGAGUUAGUUAUUUGAAUCCACUGUAUAGUGCUAGGGCAAAAACCAAAACAUGCGCCUAUGUGGGCCCAAGGACCAAGUUUGGGAAACACUGCCUUAGACUGCUGCACCGCCUCGGCACACAUUUCCAAUUCACACAUGCGUAUAACGUACAUGUGUGAAAUGGGACACAAUAUACAUUUGUGCGUAUACACCAUACUUGGAAUUUGUUAUCUACAUCCUCUUCCCUCUCCAGGCUCUGCAGUACUUGAGGAAGCUGUGUAACCACCCAAGCCUGGUACUGCUGCCACAGCACCCAGAGUACAAGCGCAUCACAGACCAGCUGGCAGCCCAACACUCCAGCCUCCGAGACAUCCAGCACUCGCCCAAACUCUCAGCUCUCAAACAGGUACCACUCUACCCCUAUACCCCACCUCUGGGUGCCACUCAUUCCCCAUUCCUUACACUAAACCCAAUCUCAGCCACGCACCACCCCUAUCCCCUCUCUGCCUUCACGUACCAUUCUAUUACAAUCCCUCAAUCUUCUCUGCUUCAGAAGUGGCGGUUAUUGGGAUAGUAGUGAGGGGCAGGUACUGCCAACUCCAUACUACUCAACCCUUACAGAUAAAAAAAACCAGUGAGUAAAUUGUUAUACUGAGCUUUUUUUCUUCCCCCCCCCCCCCCGACCAGUUGUUGUUGGACUGCGGUCUGGGCAGCGGCGGCUCAGCGGAGGGCACAGAGGCGGUGGUGGCCCCGCACAGAGUGCUGAUCUUCUGUCAGCUGAAGAGCAUGCUGGACAUCGUGGAGCACGACCUCCUCAAGCCCCAGCUGCCCACCGUCGCCUACCUGCGUCUGGACGGCAGCGUCCCGGCGGGCCAGCGCCACGCCAUCGUCUCCAGGUGAGAAGGGAGGAGCAUGGAGGGAGUCUUUGGGUCCUGUGUGUGACAAUGCAAAUAAAUGGCGUUGGUGUCAAUCAAGCCUGGAAUACUGUCAUUAGUAGUGACACCAGCAGUCUGUGUUUUUUAAAAGUUUUGUUUAAAGGAGAUCGGGAGCUCCGAUCUCCUUCCAUGUUAUUUGUUUUUAUGACGGGACCACUUGGAAGUAGUUUGAGGGACCGGUAUUGGGCAUAGAUAGUAGGCCGAGCUGAGGCUUGAACCAAUGUCACCAGGGGGUAUGUGUAGUCAGGGGCACCAGACUCCGGCACAGUCAGUGCGUUCUUUGCUGAAAUGUCACUCACAAAUCUCAUCUGAAUGUAAUGGCACUGCCCUUCUGUCGCUGUCUCUCUACUGUGCUCCGUCACGCUCGCUCUCAGGUUCAACAACGACCCCUCCAUUGAUGUGCUGCUGCUCACCACCCAUGUGGGUGGUCUGGGUCUGAACCUGACCGGCGCCGACACGGUGGUGUUUGUGGAACAUGACUGGAACCCCAUGAGAGACCUACAGGCCAUGGACCGCGCCCACAGGAUAGGACAGGUACUCUAGUGCCUCUGCAUGGACACACAAUGUCAAAUCAAAUAUCCAGGCCAGUGUGGUUUGGUUCAGCCCUAUAGUGUGAAUCAGGCAAUAGCAUGUUUGAGUGGAUCAGUUUUGAGUAAGCAGAGGUGCAGAAUCACUCAUCCAACUGCAACGUAGUUCAUCUCAAACGCGCACAGGCUUGGCGGUUGGCAGUCAACGUAGUGAGAAGUGCCACAUUUUGUAAUGGUGUGUCUCUUCUUGCAGAAACGCGUGGUGAACGUGUAUCGUCUGAUCACGCGUGGCACCCUGGAGGAGAAGAUCAUGGGCCUGCAGAAGUUCAAGAUGAGCAUCGCCAACACGGUCAUCAGCCAGGAGAACGCCAGUCUGCAGAGUAUGGGCACCGACCAGCUCCUCAACCUCUUCACCCUGGACAAGGUCAGUAGCACUCACUUGGAUACACACACACACACACACUUAUACACGUGCAUUAUUUCUUUGUCUUCUUAGCCAUUCUACUUCUACUGUGUGUAUGUUUCGAUCUCUCCAACCUGUCUCUCUCCGUCUAGGAUGAUAAGGGCGAGUCGUCAUCCUCCGGAGGGAAAGCCUCCAUUAAGAACGUGCUGGACGGCCUGGGGGACCUGUGGGACCAGCAGCAGUACGAAACCGAAUACAACCUGGACAGCUUCAUGCACUCGCUCCACUAACCUCCUAGCCCCUCUUACCUAGCCAGACGAAACCAUCCAGGGUUCAGUGCUACCUGCCAGUCUGAUGCUGGUUAUCCCUAUGGCUCCCUCAGUAUUCUCCUACCCCAAAGCCCACUUACUAGACAGCCUUCCCACCUUUAGUCAUGUGUGCCCUCCUGUCCCAGGGGGACAGUGGAGCAGGGUCCUCUAGUCUCUCAUUGAGACUGCCUGUACAGUGGAGCAGCAAGCUGGGACUACCCAGAGACCACUCCAGCCCUGUGGUGGUCCGCCUUCUAAACUGAAGUCUUAAAGCACUCCCACACCCACUUUUAGAGGACUACCAGUGUUCUAUUGACAUUAUAGCCAAAAACAAGAUGUGUGACUGAAAGAAAGAAAGAACGGGGGGGGGCAAGGAUGGUUGUAAGCCAUCCUAUAGGAACACACACACACACACUAGUGUGCUGGCUCUUUAUAGCUGGUUACUGGAUUGUACUGUUGCUACCGGCUAAUAGGGGUGUUUUGGGUUUUAUACCUGUGACUAUAGAUGACUCAUCCCCCACACAUGUCCUGUGUAAGCACAUUCACUUGACCUUUCUCGCCACAGAACUCUGUAUCGAUCAGUUGGCUGGUCUGGCACAGGAUUGGAAAAGCUGUGGCCAUGGCCAGUGCUGCUCCUCCCCAACCUUGUGAAAUGUUACUCUAAAUGGCACUGCACUGAAGCAGCCUCACAGGGACUUAUACCGUGGGGCCAAACUGAAACUGGCCCCCCAAGGGGACUUGUCAGAGUUUUAAGAAAAUGCAGACCUGUAAAUAUUUCUUUAAUUGUUACUUCUUGUUUAAACUGAUAGUUAUAUUAAAUUCUAGACCUUUCAGUGGGCGUCCUGUUUUGUGCGUACUCUGUUGUCCCCAUAGACUGCAUUCCUAUGUUGAUUGAAGAACACUGUCUAUAACUUUGAACAUGGCCAGGAGAGGGUGUGUACUUGCAUUUAGGAAUGAUGGCACUGAGAUUAGCUCUGAAUGAACAGUUUAUCGGGACAAAGUAAAGAUGACUAUACACUGUCAGUAAUAGUAGAGCUUUAGUCUGAGCAGGUGAUGGGCAAACU